UCCGCCUUCUUUCUCUUCUUCUCUGGAUGAAUUUGCAGCAGAGCAGAGGAAGCAUAGAGGAAGCGGGCAGAGAGAGGUCCUCCAGGAAGAAACAGAAACUUCAUUCAAAGUAAGAACUUGUGUAAAAAAUACUCAUGGAUCAAAGUAUUUCAACGUCGUCGGAUAUAAAACUUCAUGAGACUAUUUCACCACCGACAAAACUUGUUAAAGACAUUAACAAGUAAAUAAAACUAACAAACAAAAAUGCGAGUAAAGGAUUUCUCAAAGGGAUAUUCCGGAGUAAAAUUAAUUUGGGGUCAAACACACCGUAACACCGAGUUAGAUACCUUGUCGAGAGAUGAAUGUUGCCGACCGCUUUCUUCUCUAGUUAUACCAACUUUAGUAACGACCACAUGAGAGCAAUAAUACACAGCGGUCUGAGGAGCCACACACAAACCUCAACCAAAACGCCACUCUAUAGCCACGAAUAAUGCUCAGAACAGCACCUAACUUCAUCAACAGGACAUAUAGGGUCCCAGCCACAGUACUAGCCACCAAAUAUGUUUUUAGCUUUGCCUGAUUUCUUUAAUAAAGAGACUAAACACAAGUUACCCACUCUCUUCCAGCAGCCGCUUGUUUGACCUCGGACAAGUCCAUCAUUAACUGCAGCGGGGUGUCGCAGCUCAAGGAAGAACAUUUAUGAUGAUUUCUCUAUCAUUUCUUUUAAGUAAUAAUUACCAAAUUAAUCACUUUGCACUGCAGACGCGGUAGUUCUUCUGCCUUAGUGUCUCGGUUUGAUUGCAUUUCAGUGAGGAAAUGAUCAUAAAUGUUCUUCCUUGAGCUGCGUCCCCCCGCUGUAGUCUGGAAUGGCCCGAGGACUAGCUACAAACUUGAAGAGAGUAGGUGAGUUGUGUUUAGUCUCUUUGCUAAAGAAAUUAGUCAAAGUUAAAAAGAUGUUUUGUGAAUAGUGCUAUGGCUGUGACCAAAUAUACUGUUGAUGAAGUUAGGUGCUGUUCUGAGCAUUAUUUGUGGCUAUAGAGUGGUGUUUUGGUUGAGGUUUGUUGAUGGCUCCCAAGACCACUGUGUAUUGCUAUCUUGCGGUCGUUACUAAAGUUGGUAAAACUAGAGAAGCAAGCAGUUGGAAACAUUCAUCUCUUAAGGGGGUGUCUAACUCGGUAUUACAGUGUGUUUGACCCUAAAUUAAUUUCAAGCCAGAAUAUCCCUUUAAAGAACGGAAUAACUGUUUUUAAAUUCUGAAUGUUGAUUUGCAUGAAAAUUACCCAAUACACUUUUUUUUUUUUUUUUUUUUUUAAAUAAAAAGUCAGCAGUAAAUCUACAUGGAAAGGAAUAAAGCAAAGAGAUGUUGAAUGCAUUUAGUACAUAUCUUCUAAUGUAUUUCCCUUAAAUUCAGACUCAAAUAUCAGUUAUCAACACAAAAAAUGUGUGAAUAUAAUGAUAGUUUAGCUUCAUUUUUUUAUCAUUUUGUUUGAAAUGAAAAUUAAGUGAGUUUGAAUGAAUGCUGAGCAUAUGUUCGUUGUCCUUAAUAAGAGGUUAUAGCCUUAAUUUGCCAACAGAUGGCAGUGUUUCACUCCUGAAAACAAGAUAAAUGUAACGGAUUUCUUUUUCAAAAAAUCAGCCCUUGUGUUAAAAAAUAAAAGAUGCAGUAGGAUGUUCUUAAGUGAAAAAAUAAAAUUCAUGCAAUAAUCAUCAUAAUAUGUAUAAAAAAACUUUUACUGGAAGAGUUUUGCUGAAUGCCAAACAAAACUGACUCCUCUCCCACGAGAUUCCUGUUCAAAGAUAAGAUAACUUCCUCAGAAAUUAUCUUUCCUCAGAAAUUAUCUUACCAAACCAAAAACAGGUUUAGGCUCCCAGCUUUUGACAGAUAAGCAGGCAUUCUGCAUUAUUGGCCGUAAUUUAAAACUAUUGUGUCCUUCAAUUGUUUCCAUAAUAUUCAAAUAAACUCGUUUUCAACUUGUAAGUAUGUCCAGAGAUUCUCCACUGAAAAAUAUUUCAACUAGCAGCAACAACUGAACCCUAGCAGACAUAAAACUCUUUCAUGUUUACAAGAUAAAGGAAUUAUGCUUUUAUAUUAUGAAUGACCUUUUUACUUCAAUGAUUCCCUCUCUUUCUCUGUGUCCUCAGCUGCAGCCUCAGUCCUGCAGGAAACAGUUUUAUUUGCCUCUGCUUCGGUUUCCGCUGAGUGAGGAUGUUGCUCCAGCAGCCUCCAUCCAUGGGUUGUUUAUCUGUGUCAACACUCAACAGGGGGGGUGGGGUGAGUUGGGGGACACAAACACCCGUUCUGCAGAGGCUGGUUAUCAUUGCUGGCUUACUGUUUUGGAGGAAACCCACCGACUGCUGGCUGCAUAGACUGACAGACGGAUGUCCCAGAGGAGGUCACUACACAGCCACCAAAGAGGAAAAGACUGAGAGACAGAGAGGGACUGAGGGAGUUCAUUUUUAUAGUUUGGACAAAAUCACUCUACUUCAAUUAUUAGCAGGAUAUGUAUUGAACUAAAAUCAAUAUUUAUGCCUUAUUUUGACGCACAUAAGCAAAUAAGACCAUCAGCAACAAAGUUUAUUGUUUUUCAAGUGUCCACGCAGUCUUGGAAAAGAGGCCUUUUUAAAAUAGAGUUUUUAAAAUUACACUGAUAGUACUGCAGAUGAUCUGCAAAAGCAAACCACACUUUAUGCAACAAAUAGUUUCUUGAUCAUUUCUUCAAAAUUUCUAAAAUCUAAUUUCUAACCACUGCGGUCAGGUAGAAGCCAGGUGGAAGACUAGCUUUGCAAGUCCUCAUAAAGUACUGCAACGUGGAUGCAUCACCUGCAGGGGCGUAUAAACUGCAGGGGCGGUGUGGAGAGCAGAUGUGGCGGAGAUAAACACUAGCAGGAAUUACAAAUGGCAGAGAGCUUUUGAGACAAGCUGGUAGACCGCAUGCAAAAUUACACACACCUGCUUUGCCACCACAGUUGCUUUUUCUGCCUUGAUUUCAGCACUAAUGUAAGAGUCACCUCUACCAGUGUUGCCGUGCCUGUUGUUUACAUCCCACUCUUCCAGUAGUUGUACAAAGCUUGAGCUGUAUGUUGUGCCCUCUGUAGAUACCCUCCAAUAAUACAUACAAUGCAUAGUCAAGGAGUAAUGUCAUGAUGCAGCUGGAAGGAUCUGCAAACACAAGGAUCCAGAGCAGGUAUGUUUCCUCCUCAAGAGGAAGGGAUUUACUGCCCACUGUAUUAACAACCUAUUUAUGUGAACUUUCCACAUUCACAGUAUAUGUUUUACUAUUAGAAGACAAAAGGAAGAAGAGUUUUGUUAAGCAAAAAAACAACAACAUAAAAUGUCAUCAAUAACUAAUAGCUACUGACUGAUAUUAAAAGCUGUUUUGUAUAAACACCACAAAAAAAAGAUUCUUCUUUAACGGAUUCCUGCGUACCCCACCAUUGACUACAUGUCCUUCCCCAUGCUCAAGCCCCAAUUUCUGACAAUUGGCAUUAGAAAAGCUUAAAAAUCAAAAAGGAAAAACUUUCUACAAGUGCAGGAAAAAAACUUUAAAGAGAAUAGAUGCACCACUUUGACAACAGAGGGCGCCAAAACCAACACAAGGUGAGAGUUUCUCACAAGAGCUUUAGAAUAAUUUCAAUGUGCUGUUUGAAAAUCACUAAUGGAAAAAAGAGAAGUAACAAUACCUGAGAAAAUAGAUGUUUAGCCAUAUUCAAGUCAGCACACCUGGUCAGGUUAUUUCACCCUCAGUAUGACCAUGUUUUUUUCCAUGGUUGUGUUGUUUAGAGAAUAAGAUGUGGUCUGAUCCUCAGUGAGAUCUCUCUUUAUAUCUAUCUUUAUCUGUCUAUCUUUGGAUCCUUGAAUGAAUCCUUAUUUUACCACCUGUAACAGUCCUGAUCUGACUUUUCCAUCAGCUCUGAUCCCUCUGGACCAUUUAUCCCCCUAAAAAUUCCUCUACACAAACAUCAACUCAAACAUCAAGGUCUGCAGGCCCACUGAAGACAAAAACAACACUUUUACUCUCCCUCUUGACCUCCCUAAACUUCUCCUCCGUGCUCCAUCCCUCUUCUUCUCCCUCCUCCUCCUCCUCUCUCGGUCCCUCUCUGUCACAGUUUUUCCACUUUCUUUGGCUUCACUUCAGGACCCUCCCCCGUCAGAUGGGACUCGUCUCUUUCUCUGUCUUUGCUCUUGUCAAUGUUUACACCGUUUGAAUUAUUUUUUUCAGAGUUGGAGAAAUCCUAAUAAAUGCUUUUUCUUUUUCUUCUUUCUUUCGUCUGAUGGAAAGUUGGUGCCUGACUCUGAGAUAAACGCGACUACUCAAUAAUCCUGCAGCUCCUGGCUGGUAAGGUGAGUAAAACGCUUUUAUUGAAUCAACAUGUCAAACGGACACGUUGGUGCUUCAGAUGCUGAGUUGUCUCGACUGUUGCUAAUUCAUUGACUCGACCGAUACUUGAACAUUUCUGCGUAGUUUCGCUUGUUUUUGGGGAAAUAGCCGCUCUUGCGCAGCUUCACUGCAGAUGUUCAAAGAUGCUUCUUCUACCGCGAAACGCAGCCCACCUAAACUCUUUCCUCGUGGACUUUUUUAGCGCUAAAAUGCACAAAACUGAGCACCAUUGGGGAUUAUUUUGUUCACAACAGUCUGUCAGGCUACAGGAUAUAUAGGAACGGCUGUAGGUUGUGUUAGGUGGUGUAAGAACCAUCCAAAGUGGGAGAAAAUGUAACUUCAGAUGGAGUAAUAUAAUGAGAAGUCUCACAGAAGAGUGAGAGCAGGGGUUAAAUGAGCUGCUUACAGUUAUUUAAAGGCAGUUUGAGUAUAUGGUUUUCUCUUUCUGCUGCUUUUUACAAACUUCUACUGGACUGUAACUGAGGAAAAUGUAAGGAUAUAAUAGAGACAUGCUGAGCUCAUGUAAAGGAAAGCUUGUCAAUAUUAAAUGUAAUAUAUUUAUUUUAGGGACAAAUGCAUGAGAUAUCGCUUUAUAACGUAUACAAAGGAAAACCAUACAUACAUGCAGGUCUCCAGCUAUGGCUAAUGUGCGACCCCUGUUCCUGUUUGGCUCCCAUAAAUAAAAACAAGUUACAGAGCAGAGACAGAGCGAUUAAUCGGGCUGUCGGUAAUAAUCGGCAUCAGCCCCCACAAGGUUGAUAUCACAAGAUCUCUGAAAAACUAAAUUUUCUAGUCCUGAGUGAUGGAAAAUCUAAUUACAAUAGUCGCUGUGCUUUGUAUCAAAUAAAUAAUUGAGUUUUGGUCCUGAUAUAAAAUCCAGCCAUGCUCUGACAGCAUAUAUACCGUAACCCAAUGUAUCAGUCUUUUUUAACAAUUCACUCACUUCAGUUGUUCGAUUCUUUUUUUAUUUUUUGAUAAUUUAGGAUAUAAAUCCAAAAGUCUCACCAUAAUGUUCACUGAAGCUCAGCAGUUUUUCUUACCAAAAAACAAACAAACAAACAUUGAUGUCGGCGUUAUUUAUCGGCUUUUAGCCAACCUGCUCUCUCAUUAUCAGUAUUAGUGUUUGCUGUUGAAAAAGCUGUAAUUGGUUGACCACUAUGAGAGAAUACUAAAUACAUGAUACCACAGUCAUUAAAAACAUGCAAUAGGAUCAGUGUUUGUAAGUAAAUGAAGGACUUAAAGAUGGAGACUAGCAUUAACAGGGGCAAAAACAGGUGAGCAAUGACUAAAUCUAAAAGUGUGCAUUAGAUGUGCAUAAAUAUGUUUGUUUGUUGUUUCGCCAUGUCAUAAAAUACCUUGUCCAACACAACAGUUAUAGACUUAAAAACUCAUUAUAAAAAAGAUUGUUUUUAUAGAACAGAAAACACCUCACUCUUAAUUUCAGUUUGUUUUGACACACUUUAAAACCCCUUACAGGUGCUUUAAUUUUGAUAUUCGUCGGUAAUGGCACUAUUAGAUACGAUUAUCAUCUGUAACAAAGGUGAUACUUUGAAAGCACUUUUACUUGAACAUGAUGAUUUCUAAAGUAAAAACUGUGUUUUCCAGUAAUAUGAUUCUGAAUCUGUCGUAAAAUUUCCAUUAUCAACAAAUUGCAGCCUGAUCCAACAGUGAAACAUUUUAUUUAUGAGGUUCUCUAAAAACAAGGCGAAUCUAUGACAAAGGCACAUUUUUGAUGCAUGUUGUAUAAUGUGGUUUUGCUAUUUUCAUGUUAAUCCUAAUUUCAUGGGAAACUCUAACUGUGGUUUUAAAUUAAUGCUGUAGAGGAGAAAGUAUUCACUCUUUAAUAAGCCACACUGAAGUACAAGUCCUCCAAAAUUAGAGUUGUAAAGCCUGGAUGAAAUUUAGCUUCUAUUUUUGGUAGAUCUUUCCUCACAGUUUGGUGUCAUGAUCUGGUAUUGAUCAUUUCUAUGUGAAGGAGCCUCCAGCCUCCAGCCAACAGUCAGACAAUAAAACAAUGACUCCUCUCAUCAACAAGUGAUUAAAGCACUUGUUCCAGUGACCUCCUGGCUUUGUGUCAUCGCUUUCUGCACUUGCUGGUCUUUUUUCCUGCCUGACUGAGAGUUUUUGGCAUCUCUGACUCUGCUCUGAAACUUCUCCAGCGUCUAUCAAGAGAGUGUGAGUCAGAAAAGCUUCUCUGGCAGGUCUCCUCUAUCGAUUCAUUGCAGAGGAAGCCGUUGGGAGGAGGUCUGUUAUUCCCUCACCACCUCCUCCUCAUCCUCUUCGUCCUGCAUUGUGUUUGAUUUUCAUUAAGUCUCUCAGGCUCAAUCGGAGCUCUGGAUCCUCUCCUCGGUCUGUUUUUGGGUCACAGAGGGGCUGUGACUCAGGACGAUGAAACGUGGCGGCGCGGUGGCUGAAGCCAAAACAAGAGUGUGACAUCUUGAGAGUGAUGUGUGACUCAGCUUUCAUGUCUUGUCAGUGAAGUUAAUCAGGUGAAGCAGAUUGAGAUGAAGUGCUUUGUCUCCCCUCUGCAGAUGUGAGAGCUCAAAGAGGGCUGUUGAUUUUCUUACGCCUGUGUGUGUGACACUGAUUAUUAUAAGGCUGUUUACAGGACUCUGAUGUGUUAGAGUCUGAUUAACUUCAGAUGUGUCCACUAACUCAGUGUGUUCAUAUUUUGUCUGAUUGUUUUUCAGUCCUUUGCUGCAAAGAAAAGCUGCAGAAUUUGUCUGAAAGAUACUUUCAUAAUUUAGGACAAACUUUUUCAAUCUCUGUUUUUUCUCUGCUUCAGUUUCUGCUUGUUUGUUUCUCCUUGCUGCAUCUAUUCAAGAUUUUCACAUCUCAAACAGCAUUUAGCAUGCUUGAUUCUGAUUGGUCCACAAAUGCUUGUUAAGUCUUAAAUGCAAGAGGUGCAACAGGGACAACUAGAUCACACAUGUCACAGCAAAUCAAUGGAAAGGCAUCCUUAAAUUGUUCAUGAUUUUCACCUCAGCCUGUUGGCAACAGUUUUUAGCUGCGGGGAACAGUCAAAAUCAUGGAGGAACGUUAUUCUCAUUUCAACUUCACCAACAGCAAAGAAACUAGUAAGAGAUAGUUAAACAGAAGAGCUGAGUGAAGGAGACAUCAACCAAAUUGAAGAAAACAGACUCAAAGCUACUAAAAGAAGACGACUUUUCACAGGUGUUAUUAUUGUCUCUAGAUCUGUUAAAAUGCAGAUGGUGAAACACAAAAGUUUAGAGUUAAAGGGACAUUUAUGAUCAUUUCUUCAUGGAAAUGCAAUCAGACUGAGACGCUGAGGCAGAAGAACUACCGUCUGCAGUGCAAAACCAUUAAUAUGAUGAUUAUUACUUAAAGGAAACGAUAAAGUAAUUAUCAUAAAUGUUCUUCCUUGAGCUGUGUCACCCCGCUGUUGUUCAUAAUGGACAGGCCUGAGGUCUUGCUACAAACAAGCGGCUGCUAGAAGAGAGUAGGUUAGAGAGUAAGUAAGUUAGUAGGGCAAAGUUAAAAAGAUGUUUGGUGGCUAGUACUAUGGCUAGGACUCUAUAUGUACUGUUGAUGAAGUUAGGUGCUGUUUUAAAUAAUUAAAAUCAAAUUUAAAAUAAAUAAUUAGUGUCAGGGUCCUAUCUCACCUUGUUAGGGCUCUAUUUUGCAUAAUCACCUGCUCACUAUACAUAAUCACUUACUUAUUUCCCUCACUACAACAAAUAAAAUUAGUAAUUCAUUAUGAAACAAAGAAAUAUCAAAAACCACAAAAAAUUUAAUUAACAUUAGAACCAGACACAUGUUUACGUUAACUUUAUACAUGUAUAUUGUAAACACUGGCUGAUCCCUUGUGUGUAAUCACAUCAUAAAAUACACCUAAAUUAAUAAUGAAUAGACAGAUUCCUAUGGAGUUAAUUUAAAAAAGCAGCUCUACAGUCUCACACUUGUUGUCUGUAUGGUAUAAAUAGAAGUUGUUUGAUUAAAAAGACCACUUUAAGUCCCGUUUAAGACAUUCAAACAUCUGUGAGAAAGGCGAGACAUGAUGACCAGAGUAGAUCUGUGCCACCUGGUUUGGACUCCUGACCUCACAUCUGCUCUGGCAACCACAAAUCACCAGGAAGUCUGAACUUUCCUCUAUCCUUCCUCAAGAAUUCUUAAAAAAAAGUUCCUCAUUUAGAUUUUCAUGUCUUCGUUUCAUCAUGGCUUUAAUCUGCAUGUUAAGAAGGAGCACCAAAGUGCCUCCCUGCAGCCAUUUUUCUUGGUAUUUCAUGGAAAAAAAGCUUCUCAGAUGUGUUUUUUUCUUUUCCUGGCUGUUUUGGCUAUCAGUGGUAAAACACUGACCCAUUUAUUCUGAUCUGGUGGAGCAGCAAACCCGUCCCUGCUCUGGCAGCUGGAGGACUGCCUGUCUUACCAUCUGUUUGUCUGGGAGAGGACUCGGGUUCAGACAAGUUACUGGAUAUGUUUUGAUUAGAGAUGACACUGGACAGAGACACAAAGAGAUGAGAUAAAACGAGCAAAAGUAGAACUGAGGUAAGAGGCAUUAGAGUAAAUUUGAUCCCCGGAGCCUGGACAUUUUGAAGAUUUAUCAUGACAUCAUGCGGGGGACCAGAGUGCCUGCAUGUUGUCUCUUGAAGGCCACACUUGGUCUUGACAUGAUUAAAUUCAGUGGCCGUACUGCAUGUGUGUUAUUUAUGUGAGAUCACAGACUAAAAGAAGUUACUCCAUCGCACUCUCUCUUUUCACCGCUCCAAACUUUUGUGACUCAUUAGGUCUUUUGAUCUUACUUUGACAAUACCAUUUGUACAAACAUUCAUGGUCCCCAAAAGGAUGAAGCCUUUAGAUCAGCACCAGGAAAUAUAUGUAUUACCAUAAACCUUUUUACAGCAAAAUAUCUAAACAUCUUAAAGACAGCUUGGCUCUAAAGUUGAUUCAAACAUUUUCAUGGUCCCCUGAGGAUAAAGUCUGUGGGUUCUCAUAUAGUUUGUGCAGAUUACAUUUUCCUCUUUACUCUGUGAAGUAUCCACAUCUUUUAGACAGCGGGCCUCAAAAUCUGGCCCUGACAUUCGUUGUCCCCCUGGGAUAGACCCUAUGGAUUCUUAUUAGAAUUAGGCUUUCCAUGCAAUUCAUGCAGAUUAAAGUUUUCCCUUUGCCAAUAAAGUAUCUUAACAUCCUUGAGACAGUUUUGUUCAAAAUUUAGUAGAGACAUUCAUGGUCUCCAGAGGAUAAAGCCUAUGAAUUCUUAUUAUCACCAGACUUUUAAUGUAGUGCUAGGGAUGUAAGUUUCCCCUUUCCCAGUGAAAAAUCUGAACAUCUAUUCAACAGUUUUGGUCAAAAGUUGCCUCAAACCGUCGUGGUCCCCUGAGGAUAAAGCCUGUGGUUUCCCAUUGUCACCAGGAUUUUGAUAUAAUACUUUUUUUUUUCUUUACUCAGUGAAGUUUUUUCACAUCUAUAAGACAGUGGGGCUGAUAAUCUGGUCCUAUCAUUCAUUGUCCCCCUGGGAUAGACCCUAUAGAUUCUUAUUUGCACCAAGCUUUUCAUGCAAUUCAUGCAGGUUAAAGUUUUCCCUUUCCCUAAAAAGUAUCUUGACACGUUUAAGACAGUUUUGCCCCAGAUAUUACGGAGAUGUUCAUGGUCCCCAGAGGCUAGAGUCUAUGAAUUCCUCUUAUCACCAGGCUUUUCAUGUAGUGCUGAGGAUGCAAGUUUUUACUUUCCAAGUGAAAUAUCCAAACGUCUGUGUGACAGCUUGGCUCAAAAUUUUCUUCAAACAGUCGUGGUCCCCUGAGGAUAAAGCCUGCGGGCUCUCAAGGUCACCAGGCUUUUCAUAUUGUCUGUGCAGAUUUAAGUUUCUUUUUUACUCAGUGAGGUAUCUUUAUAUUUAUAUGACAGCAGGCCUCAAAAUCUGGUCCUGACAUUCAUGGUCCCCCUGGGAUAGACCCUAUGAAUUCUUAUUAGUGUUAGGCUUUCCAUGCAAUUCAUGCAGAUUAAAGUUUUCCCUUUCCCAAUAAAGUAUCUUAACAUCCUUGAGACAGUUUUGUUCAAAAUUUGGUGGAGACAUUCAUGGUCCCAAGAGGAUAAAACCUCCUGAUUCUUCUUAUCACCAGGCUUUUCAUGUAGUGCUAAGGAUGCAAGUUUUACCUCCCCCAGAGAAAAAUCUGAAAAUCUGUGCGACAGUUUGGCUCAAAAUUUGGUACAGACUCUCAGGGUUUCCAGAAGAUAAUCUUCAAGACUUCUGGGAAUUACCAAUGUUAAAAAACAGGUUCAGCUGCAGAGGAUACAUCUGGUGUACCAUGCUUCCAAACGCUCUGGUGUUUGGUGGCGGUGGUGGUGCUUCUUUUGCUUGUUUUAGUCAGAUUAAAUUUGAGCCUGUUGGCCUAAAUUUCAUGUAUUACAGCUAAACAGUACACAAAAAUAAGUUUCUUUCCAUUUGAGGCUAUAAAAUAGAGGCUGAGUCAUGUUUAUGCAACUUCAAACUCAGUGUAAAGUCAAACCAGUUCACUCCCUCUGCUCUCUCGCUCAGAGUCACUGACGGGUCUCCAUUCAGAUCCAUGAGAUCUGCAUGAAGUUGAGCACGACACAGAAAGUUUGACUGAAACUCUUAAACGCAACAUUCACUUGACAAGUCCAGAAAAUUUGUUAUUUCAAUAUAUAACAAGCCAAAAGUAAGACUUAAAUUGCUUUUAAUGAGUAAAAAGAUCUACCAAUAGAAAAAGAAAAACUGUCAAAUUCUUUAAAAAAAGUUUUUUUCAGGAAAUUUGAAAAGUGAUCUUUUCUUUUUCCUUUGGCAGCAUAUUUGUAGUUGUUACAAGCAAUUUAGUCCUAUUUUUUGACAGGUAAUAUGAAAUAAGCCAUUUUUCUGGACUUGUCAGGUGAAUGUGUCAUAGAGUGAGCCUGUUAUUGAGCCAGCUGUGUGAGGUUUGGAGAACUUUGUUGUCAUGCUACAUAAAUAAACUUCCCUUGCUUAUUUACACACUAAGGACAAAAACACUCACUGAGUUUUUUGCCAUUUGUUCCCAAGACCUCAACUCGUGACCAUGGCAACCUCGGACACUACAGUGAACGAGGUCAACAGUAGUUGAGUCCCCUGGUGUUUGUGUUUCAAACACAUCAGUUGAUAUCUAAUUUCACAUCAGAGUUCGAUUAACAGCUAAACUAAAACUCGGUUUUCUUUCCAACCGACAAUUUUCUGUAUUUCGAACCUCAACCCACUGGAGGUUUGAAGUAGCAGCCGUAGUAAACAAUAAAAAAAGUCAAGAAGUUUGAAGCUUUGGUUUUUCAGAGGCAGCAAAGACUGGCUGUCUGAGAUCUCUUUAGUUUUGCUUGUUUGCUCUUUUUUGUGGUUUUGGUGAGUUUUUGGUGCUUUGUCAUCAGUGUUUGUAGCAAAUCUGCAUUUUAUCAUGAGGGUGGUACUCGCUGGCUCUCUUUUCCUGAUGUUGUAUGUUUUCACUCUAUAAAGUCAAAAGCCAAGAGGGAGUUGGAAAAUCGAGUCUUUUGUUUGUGUAAAAUUUUCCUAGAUUUUGUCGAAGAACAAAAGUUGCAUGAUCAAGCUUUCCAGCAAAUUUUAAGUCGAUGCAAAACAACCUUGUCCGGUCCUGACGCUUGUAUUUUUGAUGUUGCUCUAGUCCUGCUGAAAAAGACAAAGAGCAGAGGGGAUUCAGAAGAAGGUGGCGCGGGUUGAAUAUUCCUACCACAGACUUAUAUAAGCCUUUCAACCCCAUGUGCUCUGCAGCCGCACAAGUAAUUUGGAGCAGAUUCUGCUGCGGCCCUCCAGCUCGGGGGUUUUGGGUCGUUCGCUCUGCUCUGGCAGAAGGAAACAUGUACAGUUUCUUUGGGCUCCGGCUCAAAUAACCCAUCAUAAAAAAGCCAGGGUCGGGGGGUUUGGGGCCGAGACAGGAGGAGGGGCCUGCAGCGGCUUGAUGAGGUGACCACAGACUACUUGUAGUGUGGUGAGGGUCCUUCCUGGACUUGCUUAUGUUGGUGGUUGGUGGGUGGUGUUUGGGCUGGUGGGUGGAGCUGCAAUGGAGACAUUGAUCAUUAGGAUUUCAGGGCUUUUCAUUGGUGUCUAUGUCUCGCUGUGGUGUCUAUGCAGGAUGACUGGAGCAGAGUGAAACCUGAGAUGUAGAAUUAGAGGAAAUAAAACACUGAAUUCAAGGUCCAGAAGGCGUCUCACUUUUUGUUUUUUUCAUUUCUGUGACGUGAACUGAGAUUUGUUUGCGUUUGUAUUUGGUUUCAGCGCUCUGAGUGAUUAUUCCUACAUAUGCAAAAAUAACUCCUCCCUUUUUGAAAGCAUUUCAAUAAUAAAAGAGUUCACCAAACAAAAUAUGAUUCUGGAUGAGAAAAACAAACGGCCUUAGAGUCAUGCUUGGCACAAAGUGGAUUCAAACUCAAAGUCUUGAUGUUUUUUUUGUGCGCAGACCCAGAUCCACUCCACCAGCUGUGUUAAGCUGCGACUCUCCGAGUCGUCCAUCGUGCGUUUUAUGAGAAGACUUAUUUUCCUUUUCUCCCCAUUUUUCCAGGCCACUUCUGAAAGACAAACUCCUGCUCAGGAAAGGCAGGAUGACAGAUUAUCAUUAUUUCUGUGUCCCCAUUAGUCAAAACAACACCAGCUCCGUGUGGAAAAAAGGGCUCUUUGUGAAAAAGUGGACACAGAAGCCAGAAAAGAGGUACACUGUUGGAAAAAAAGUGGAGCCAGUGUCGGUCUGAUGGCACUGUUGAAGGACUUUUCCUUUUAGGCGCCUGAAAUUAUUCCCAACUCACUUCUGUUUACAUGUCAGAGGAAGAGAGCGUAGUGAUGCAGACCUGGAUGUACAUGCAAGAUGUUUCCUAUCUGCUUCCUAUUGUUUGUCCCUGUUUCAUUCCUGUGUUGCUCUGCAGAGCUGAUUGAAGACAGAGGAGAGAGCGUAGGCCUGAGGGACUGUGAGGACAGGGUUUAAAGUAGCUGAAAACAGGUUUUUCUUUCUUCUUUUUUUUUGCCCACUUGAAGACAACAGAAUGAAAAUAAGCUAAGGGGAUGAAAUUAUUAGCUGUAGAUGGAUAAUAGUUAACCAGGGAGUUGCGGUGAGUUUAAAAGUAAUGAAAAGCGCAUGUGAAGUCCUGAAAGAUCGUCAAUAACUUCAGAUUUUUGCAAAGUGUUAAAAACAAAAUUGCUUUCCUUCUCAUUAAGUGUCUGACUAAUCUGCAGAAGCCUUACUUUGAUAGAUAAAUAAUAUCCUCCUGUGACUCACUGAAGACAUGCUGAGGAUCCUGCUGCUUCUGUUUGCUUCUGGAUAUCCAAAAAAAGAACAAGUGUUAACAGUUUCCCCUUCACUUGCUUUCCUUGAGUUGGAACAUCAUAUCCAAACAAGAAGACAGGCCUCAGACCCAUUUCUCUUCUACGUUUGCCCUCCCACCAUGCUGCCCAGGAUGUCCUGUGUGGUGGGUUGUAUCUGGCUCUCGUCUCCUCUUUGCCCCCCGUCUUCCUGUUGUGCUUGACAGAAACACAGGUGUCAUAGCAAAAAGCCCCGAGAGACUCAUAACAUGUUGCACAAUGCAGACGACCAUGCUGAGGUUUUCAAUUAGCUGGGCCAGUCACUGCGCAUUCGACUUUCAUCUCACUUUAGCCACGAGACGCUCCAGUAAAGUGAAUUCACGGCACCACCUGUGGGGUUUGUGAAGGUUUCAGUCUAGUGACACUGCUGGGAAAAGCUCGGAGAGUAAGACUAAGUAAAGGAACAUCUCCGAGGGUUCACCUUCGGGGUAGCACACGUGGCCGAAGUUUUUGAGAGAAGAAAAUAAGGCUUUAACUUCCAGAUGUUGCAGGAUGAGGCCCAUCUGGAGCGAGAGAGAGAGAGAGAGAGAGGGGGACGGAGCUUUUUUGGGGUCUACGUGUUAAAAAAAAAAAGCCUCUAAAAUGAUCACUUUAAUAAGUUACAGGUUUCCACUUCGUACUCCAGAAAGGCAGCGCACCAGAUGCAGGAGUUGGGCCUGUAAAUCAGCAGGGUUUAACUUUGAGGAAUUUACUGGCCCAGGAUGGACUUCCUGGAAAUAGAGAUAGAAGAGGAGAGCCAAUCGAGAUAAUAACUGAUAAGUGCUCUGCUGAACUCUACCUGUGUAGGUGGUACUGAGCUGCUUAUUUUCUACCAGGACUUUUCCCGGUCAUAAAACUGAGGAGCAACUAAGACCAAAUAUUUUAUUACUAUACUUAUUUUGAGUUCAUGCAUCAUUUACUGCCACCUUAACAACAUCAGGACUUAUUCCAACCCUUUUCUGGAAACUGGGGUAGAUGGAGACAAAGUCUGAAAACUGAAUCUGUACUAAAGGAAAGUCUUCAGGUGUUUUUACUUUACUCAAGUAUUCACUGAGCCUGAAGGGCUAAUUGCAUCCACUAGUUGCAUUACUUAAACCGGCAAUGCCUACAGCUGCAACUGUCUCAUCAACACUUACCGUCACCAGGUUUCCAAAGUUGUCGUGGCCGAAGUUUUUGGAAUUUCCCCUUGUGGGACUAAUAAAGGAGUAUCUUAUCUUAUCUUGUCCUGCAGCCCUUUUGCUUUAGUGUCUCCUCCAUAUCGACCUCUGCCAUUGUUGUUUAUAUCAAAAGUCUUACCCUGUCUUCAUUUUGAUUGGUUGUUGAUAUAAAGGUUGCAAAGUGACAAAAACAGCUGAGGAGUGUUUUUGCACAAAUGCUGAAAAUGCUGAACCACAUUGGUUUUGCAUAGACAGUAGUUGUAGCUGUAAGUGGACACUUUGCUUUUAACACCAGUACUUGCACUGUACUCUCCUAUGAUGUUUGAAGGGAUAUGCCAGGGUAAGUUGACUGAUGAGUCGAUCACCGAGUGCAGCGGAUCAUUUCCUUUCAGUAAUAAUCAUCAUAAUAAUCAUUUUGCACUACAGACGUGGUAGUUCUUCUGCCUUAGCCUCUCGGUCUAAUUGCAGUUCCAUGAAGAAAUGAUCUUAAAUGUUCUUCCUUGAGCUGUGAAACUCCGCUGCGCUCAGUGAUUGAAGCAGCUGUUAGAAGAGAGUGGGUGAGUUGUGUUUAGUCUCUUUACUAAAAAAAUUAAACAAAGCUGAAAAGAUGUUUGGUGGCUAGUAUUAUGACUAGGACCCUAUAUGUCCUGUUGAUGAAGUUAGGUACUGUUCUGAGCAUUAUUUGUGGCUAUAGAGUGGCGUUUUGGUUGAGCAUGUGGCUCCUGAGACUGCUGUGUAUUGCUAUCCUGCGGUCAUUACUAAAGUUGGUAUAACUAGAGAAGCGAGUGGUCGGCAACAUUCGUCUCUUGAUGGGGUGACUAACUCGGUGUUACGGUGUGUUUGACCCGAACUUAAUUUUACACCGGAAUAUCCCUUUAAUUGGUUGGACAAAAACAUCCAAAUUAGAGGCAAAUCCUUGCUGUACCUGCUAGUACAUUUUUUGCACAUGGUCAUAAGAUGAAGAGGGUGUAUCUAAAUAUAUCAGACAGGAGAGGAGAGGGACUUGACUGCAGAGAUAAGUCAUCUACCUGAAGUGGAAUCAGAUCCUGAGAGGGAUAGUCGACUUUUUUCUCUUUUACUCUAGUAAAUAAAUUGAAUCAGUUCUGCUGCUUUUUUAGUCUUUAAAUCCUUUCUUAGAAGUACCUCUACUUUUGGAAAGGGUACUUAAGUUACGCUUGACCACUUGGUGUUAAUUGAAAGGCACAUCUGUCUCCCAGUAUGCAGCCCCCACUCUGCCGGCUGUACCACCCUGCAUGCAGCAACACCCGCGUCUGCGUUAAAUCAUCCAAGUGUCACGUUGUUUUUCUUCUGGAGAAAAAAUGAUAGUGGAGGAUAAUCCUGCAAACGAAUGGUAGAAAAACUUCAUCAAGAGGAGCAGAAACAGAUUGCCUCUUUAGCUCUAAUGUUUCCGAGCUUUCUGUUUUGUGGCAGCUGCAAACAGAGGGAAAAAAAAAAGCUGCCAUACAGUCACAAUCGAAGUGUUGUCUAAAUUGAAACCAGAUGUGGCGUGGUUUAAGUCUCUUACUGUAAAUUGCCCUCUCUCUCAUACAUCCCGGACUUAGAGGCUCACAUUAAGGCUUUUGCACGGGAAUGUAAUCCACAGCAUGAAAUAUGUCCUUCUUAAAUCUUGUGCCUCAGGAGAAGAUUCCGCAGCUCGUCGUAUUCGUCACUCAUCGCAGACAUUCAGAAGGAUCUUUGCUGUAUAGUUUGUCACCAAAGACCCUCCAAGAAGCUCGUAUUUUACCCAACAUGCAUCAACAAAACAUGAAUUUCUGCAACAGUUUUUAGACGGAUCAGAAAAGUCUUUGAAAAUGCAGCAUAAAUUAUAUAAAACAGUCUGAGAAAAAAAAACAGGGUUUUGCAGACGCCGGAGCUCUUUCAGCUUCUGUGUUAGUGGUUGGUUUUGCCAAAGCAGAUGGGGUCUGAUUUCACACCUCUCCAACAGAGUUUGGACAGCAGCUCCCCUACCAUGAGGGUCAAGUCCUUAAGAGUCAGCAAUCUGCACGCUGCUCGGCCAAAACAAAGACUGUAAUGGAAAGAGAGAAACUGGUGUGCCUGUGUGUGUCAAGGUACAUCUGUGUUUAUGUCGACGCUGGAUGCAGAGUUUUGUGAUGAGUUGGCAGGUUCAGCCGCCUGCAGUGGUUCAGCAUUUUCCUCUUUACUGGCUGCAGACUGAGCGCCUGUUUCCCCUCGUAACAAGCUGCAAGUCACAGUAAGAGCACAGCAGUGUUCAAGUCGUCUGUGAGGGGCCGGCUGAAGCUUUCCAAAGCUGUGAAACAGAUUCUGAUUGCUUGUGCAUAUGUUAUCACACUUGAAGGACAUCCAGACGUACACAAUGACACCGUAGCAUUGAAGUGCAUCAGUUUUUGAGUCCUGAUUGAGUCCGAGGCAAGGCAAGUUUAUUUGUACGGCACCAUUCAUACACAAUGCAAACCAAAGUGCUUUACAGAUGGAAGAGAAUGCAUGAAAAAUUAAAAAAGGAGAGAUUUAAAAAAAAAAGUUAAAAUCAAGAAGACAUAAAAGGAGUUAAAAUCAGUAAGACAGAAAGAUAAGUUUUUUCAUCUGUUCCAUGUUUGCUCUGAACGCCAUGAAAACUAUUGUUGCCCAGAAAAAAGAAGUAAGUCACAAGAUUUCAGACCCAGGGCUCCCAGAUGGUAGUUAGUUUUCUCUUUGUCUAUCUUGGAGUUGUACUAGUUUUCUAUUCGUCUUUCUCAGAGUUGCACGAGUCUUCUUUGCGUGUUUCUCGGAGUUGUACUAGUCUUCUUCUUCGUCUAUUUCGGAGUUGUACUAGUCUUCUUCUUCGUCUAUUUCGGAUGUUGUCCUAGUCUUCUCUUCACCUUUUUUUGGGAGUUGUACUAGUCUUCUCUUUGUCGAUCUCGGACGGUAUUAGUUGUAUUAGUUUUCUCUUCAUCUAUAUCAUGAGAUUGAAAAUUGGAGAGUCGUGUUUUUUUUGGACCCUUCUUGCUCCCACUUGACCACAUUUUGUCUUAGCACCUUUUUUUUUUUUUUCUUCCUCUCUGGACGUCUCCAGCAGAGGUGUGUAAGUUCAACCUUACACUGGUUUUAUCGAAUGUCUCAGUCAGGGACUUGAAACCUUCUUGACGGGAUUGUAACCAUUUUGACGAUUGGACUCAAUCGCCAGCUCGUAACGCUACCAAUCUCCCCAAACAAGUGGAUGGACGCUGUAGUCUUAAGCAAACUUUACUCAAAUGGAGGUGUACGGAGGAGUUUUUCCUGAUUAAAUAAACACACGUUUGGAGCUUUUCAGAGUAUUUACAUCAGUAUCAUGUGUAUGUUGGAAUAGCUCACGUUAAACCAGAUGCUCAUGUUUAGCUUUACAUGGAAAGAUGUCAGCUAGUUCAGCUGCAAACCCCAGUGAUGUGUUUUUAAUAGUUGUGAACAACAAUGGAGGUCUGUGGAACAUAGAAAUAAGAUAAACAAAGCUCUGGCUACAAAGAGAACGAGUUAUUAGUUUAAUUUAUUCACUGCUGGUUUUGGUCUUUUAUGGGAUUUGUUGAAAACAAGAAAAACAAACCAUACUAACAGAGUUAUCCUGGGGAGAUAUGAGACAAAACCCCCUCAGCCAGUUGGACUAAGGUCUUCUUGGUUACGGUACAAACACUCAAGACAGAGACACUUUCAAGAACAAAAUCAAUUCAAGACCCGAACUUUAAUAACUUCAGUUGAUUUCAUCCAACGUGACUCAAAGACAAAAAAUGAAAGAGGCAGAAUCAAACGCUGUCAUGUUUGCAGAGUAAACAGCAAACUAUGAGGAAGAAGAAAUGAGUUUUCAGCUCAGCUCUCUUUUUGUAUACACACAGUUUUCUGCAUUUAUGUUGUUAUAUUUUAUUUAGAAAUAAUGGCUCCAAACUAAAGCAUUGAUCCCGUUUUGUUUGCUUUUGCACAUUUUCUAUAAUCCUCACACAUCUGAGACAAAUAAGGGAUCAGAUCAAGACUGAGAACCAUGGUCCUGCCUACAUUUCAUUAGUCGUUUGCUUGCUGACAUAAUUUAAUUAAAGGCUUUUUCCUCUUUGGGAGGAUUUAUGAAGUUUUAAGAAAACUCGAACAGCUACAGCUCGAAUUUGUUGUGAGAUGUCCUCGAGGUUGUGUCUGUUUUCUCAGCUCCUCUGAAGAUUUUAAAAGCUCUUGACCUCACGGCCUGUUCUGUAUAUGUUUCAGGAUCUCAGCUAAUAAAUAUAGUCGCACAAGUGUUGUCCUUUACAUGGUUUAAUCAUGGGAAGAUCAGCUCGGGACACAGCGACUUAAGAUCCUUAUGAAUGUCUUUUUUUAGUGCCGCGUUUCCCACAACUUUCUGACCCUGGAGAAGGAGGACGGACAUGAUUUGUUUUUGGGUUGAUAUUAAGCGAAGAGAUGGACGUCAUGAUAAAAGAAAUGAGGCUUUCAUGGUGGGAAAGAAGGAACAAGGAAGAGACUGAUGCGUAAAAACUCAAUGGUGGGAUCAAAUGUGAGUUACAGUUAAAGAACUAACAACCUAGGGCUGGGCGAUGUAGGCUAAAAAAUGUAUCACGAUAAGUUUUGCCAUUCUGUGCAUAACGAUGAAAGUCCGGAUAAAAAAUAUUAAAAUUCCUUUCCAUGUUUUUGAAUCAUUCUGUCUUGAAAACACCAGUUGGAGUAGUCAAAUAAGAUACUUAACCACAAGUUUGAGUGGUAGAUUAUGAAGAAGACUAGCGACAUCUCACAUCAGACCACAUCACCCUGUCCUAUGUGACUUUUAACCCACCUUUAACCGGUUUUAAACAUCAUUUUAAGGCUACAUUUUAAGAGUUUUGUUGACUUUUAAGUUGAAAUUUAACGUGUGUCGGUCUUUCUCUACUGACAAGUUGCGAAAGUAAAACCUGUCCCGCAAAGUCUUUUACACCCAACAGCAACUCUGGGAAGUACCAUGCCUUCACUCACCUCUCCCUCUGGUGGUGACAGCCGCCUUCGAUUGACCCAGAAAAUCUCUGAGCAUGUUUGUUUGUUAUCCUGCUCUGUGUGGGCUAUGGCUGCAAGUCCGUCGCUCGCACUCACGCCAUCAACUUGCAUUUAUCGCGUUUAUCGUGAGAUGUCAAAUAUUUAUCGUGGAGGAAUCUUCUGGCGAUAAAUCGUGAAUGAUAAUUUAUUGCCCAUCCCUACUAUAACCUCAUGAAAGUUACACUGAGCAGGAAGUUUGCUGUAGUAUAAAUUUGUUAUUAUAUACAUGUUAACUUUUUAACUGAACAUACAUGACUGCUAAUGCUCCCGACAUGUUUUAUGCUGUCUGAUGAUAAAAGAGCCUUCAGUGGAUUUAACUUUUUGGACCAGAGUCCCAGAGAUUUCAUAAUCGCACAUUUCAGAGCUGUUAUCACAAUCCUGUAAUAUUUCUCCUGAAGGUUAUAACACUGUCAGGAUCACAUACAGGCCCAUACAUAGAGGACACUCUCUGCUUAUCUGUGUAUUUUAUUGCAGCAUGUUACUGUUACGGAGUGUUGGUUGAUGGAAACAAGGCGGUAUACGACUCCAGUGUUUUCAAACAUUAUUUAUCAUACGUGACAGAUAAUUCAAUGUUAAGACUAGAAAAAUAACAGCAUUUUAAACCUGUUUCACAUGAUGUAAUAAUAUGACAUUUCAAAUUAAAGACAAUAACUUGACUCAGAGAUGCAAUCACAGUCCAAGGAUGGAGUUAUUUCCUGGCUGACGGUGCAGAAACAGUCCGAUAGUAAAGCUCAGGAAGAGAUGGAGAGGAAGUGAACGUCUGAAUCAACAACAUGUCUGCAGUGAUUCACGUUGAAACCAUGAAACAAAGCUCUCUUCGGCUCAUCAAUCAACUGUUGUGAUCAUCACAAAUAUCCUGAUUAGAGCGGCGACUCAUCACGGCAGAGAGCUUUUCGAAUAGUCUCAACAUGAUUCAGCUUUUCCUCGUGCUUUGUUCCGUCAGUGUCUUUCAUUAAAGGAUGCGUGAAGUUUGAUCCACAACUUGGCUCUUGUUUUCAGCUGAGCUGGCACUGCAGCCCCAAAGAUGGUGGUAUCUGUUAGCCGGUGGACCAGGUCCAGAAGUUUGAAGCUAUUCUCUCUGAAAAUCUUCAAACACCUCUAAAAGUUCACUUUUUGAUACUUUUAACUAGAUUUAUCCCAACGCAUUAGGGCUAGGCGAUGAAACAAUAACGAUAUUGAAAAUUGAUUUCUUUCGAUAUCGAUAUAAACCAUGGUCAAUGAGCUUUUCGAUAAUCGGGAUUCUGCCAUGCUUUGGUAGACUAUACGAAUAGCCAAUAAAAAGGGGAGUUGCUCCGGGUCCACUUAGUGCUGAACCAAUCAUGUGCUGAAUUAGAACCAAGUAGAAAACAACUGCGUAGUAGCAGGCUGCAGCUACACGCAACCAUAGCACUUUAACAUGUGAAGCCGACAGCACUGUUGAGGAGAAAAAAAGAAAACGAGCGCUACCCCCGGCAGAAAUGAGGAUGAAGGCUCAACAGAUCAGGACAUCGUCGACAACACUGGCAGGAAAACGUCGGUGGUGUGGAGGUAUUUUGGUUUUUUGAGGUUGGACAUGAAGCAGAGUAAUGUGGACUGCAAAUUAUGUUGAGCACAUGAUCUCGCAAAUUGGGGAAUACUUCAAAUCUUUUUCACCACCUGAAGCAGAGCCACACAGCAGAGCAUGCGUAAUGCAAAAGGUUACAAACCCCGAGCCGAGCAAGGAGCCCAUGGCGUCUGUGCAGCUGAAACAGCUGACCAUUCAGCGCAACGCCUAACGACAAAACAUCGAAGAGACACAAAGACCUCACAGAUGCAGUAGCUUAUUGUAUUGCAAAAGACAUGCGACCAAUAAGCACUGUUGAAUUUCCUUUUUUCUUUCACAUCAUGAUAUAUAUCGAUAUGGACUGAUAUGGAAAAAAUAUAUCGUGAUAAACUUUUUCCCAUAUCGCCCAGCCCUACAACACAUGUGAGUAGAAUUGACUCAGUCUUAUUGGCUUUGGAUCCUGCUCUACUUUUCUGGUUGGGGUCCUCGCUCUGGUACGCCUGGUACCUGUCAUUAUUAUGAGCCCAGAUAGAAACCAACAUUUUUACCGCAGAGGUGAAAUGUGCCAGGUUCCUUUCCACAUGAGGUGUGUAAUGAGCUUGUCUCUGGCGCUGCUUUUGCUGUCGGUGCGGCGUUUUGGCCAAUCGGAACCUAGUAUUUAACACAGCUGGAUAAUAAAUCAUGUAAAGCCACGUUGUGUGAAAUCAGUUGGUCUGUGUAAUAAUGAAGGAUGGCAGAAACCGGGGCUACAUUAUGGCGGUUCUAUAUGCUGUGAACUCUGUUUUCUUAGGAGCCGCGGCCGCUUUAUGUUGUGGACGGAGAGGUUUUUCACCCCUCUUCUUGCUGUGAAAGUUUACAAUGCAAAGCUAUGUUUUCUGGUUAUGGUUUGUGGAAGGGCUGUGUGUUUUAUAAGGAGCUCUAUGUGUCUCCUCACCAGUAUGAUCAACACAGCAUUACGGCACAUAUAAUUACAGCGCUGUAUGGUCAUGUCGCUCUGAAACCUCAGCCAGAGUCUCCAUUUUGGGUUUUCCACCAUUUCACUGCCCAAACUUCACAUUAAACUCUUUUUUCAGAUUUCAAUCCAAGGUGUUUAAGUCUGUGUUUGUGUUUACUCUGCUCCGUAGGUGUGUUUGUCACGCUGUCUUAAUGUUUGAAGUUGUUUUCUUGGACCCCUCUGCUCUCCCUGACCAUUGAAGCCACAGCCAUCCUGCCUGUGGUUUUGGUCGGCAGUGUGUGGAGGGCCGGGCAGCAGUUUGCAUGUGGGUCUGUGUGCAGAGCGCACGAGCCUCGAACACGUUGGAGUAAUGCAACGGGGAGAGCAACACAAAAAAGGGCCUCCAACUGGCAACAAGCCCUGAUCUGACAACACAAAAGAGAAUUUGAGAGUAAACCACAUCAGAUCGCACACAUCUGCAGAAAGGAAACAUUUCAAAAAGAAAGAAAACAAGUGGGAUUUAUUUGUUUUUUCAACAGUGUCCCCGAAGAGUUCGGCUACAACUGUGGUUUUAAUUUAUCCCCCUGUGCAGAUUUAUUGUUUUAAAAGGAGUAAUGCACAAUCUCAAAGGAUAUAAAAGUGUUAAAGUUAAUUCGCAAGAGCAGAAAACAAAUGUGCGCGUCUUAUAUGAAGGGUUUGAUGAAAUCUUGAUGCACUUUUUGGGGAUUCGAAGAGGAUUAGUGCAACAAAACAACAAAAUGCUGCUGACUCGAUUAAAAACGAUAAACUUUAUUUAAAACUCAACUUCUCUGUUUGUAAUCGUUUAUAUUUACAACCUCUUUGUUAUCGAUGAUAGUCCUGUAUUAAGGAACCUCUUAUCCUGCCCUCUUUCUACCACAUGAUUAAGUUUUGUCGUACCCUUUAGCAUCAGUUUUGUUUUCCCAUCACACUGACUAUUUCAGGUUUAGAUGCACGAAGACACUAGCUGCGUUUACAUGUGCACAAAUAAUCAGAAUAAAUGCCCAAUUGGAAUGAAAAUGCGUCAUGUAAACAUGUCGAUCGGAAGAUUCUGAUCCAACUCAGCUCAAUUGGAAAGAAAUUGCAUUCUGAUCGAGAGGGGUGGUUUAUGCCGAUCGUUACUCUGAAACACGUUCAUGUAAACACUUAUUCCGAUCGUGACUCUCUAACCUGACUCGGUCUUCACUCUUUAGCCUUUGGUUUAUUUAUUGAGGUCAGUACAGAAGGUUCAUUAUUAACACUCUGGCAUAAAACACAACCGCAGGUGCGUUAACAUAACAAGGCAAACAUACAGCGUAAUGACGUCACAUCUGUACGCACAGUGCAACCUUUGACAGAAUAGUAAAAUAAGUAAGCAAGGGCGCCAUCUAGGACAACAUUUAACAAGGGGAAAAUCCUGAAUUGGAUGGAGUAAGCCACUACUGCGUUUGUUGUUUUGUUGACAGCACAGGCGUAAAUACAACUCUUCUUCUUCUUCUGCGGUUGUUUUAGUGAAAUCAGACAACUCUGUGCAUGUCCAAAUCCUUCUAAUCUGAAUAAAGCUUGGUGCAUGUAUACGCACGUCAUGAUUUUUUGCGCCCAUAUAAACAGUGGAUUCAGAUUUUCUGAUCCCUCAAAUUUUAAAUCAGAUCAAGACAUUUUUCCCAUGUAAACAUGGCAACUGGUAGAGUUAAGCGCCAUGAUCAGGAAUCAAAUCCUGACUGGAGAGGCUGGUGCAGUUUCUCCGACUACCUGCUUUUGUUAAUGAUGUAUUUUAGAUAACAUUCACGAUGUAUAAAUACGCUGUGUUUCUUUUUAGUAACAUCUAGCAUUCACACUCUGGAGUGAAAUGCUCCCCUGCUCACCCCUACAGUCAGUGAAGCUUUUGAGGACAAGAAGCACCUGUGAUGCAUUGGCACCCAGUCUGUGCUGCUUCAUUCUGAAUUCUGAUCUAAUGUCUCACACCUGCAAACACACAGACACAGAGAGUGGAGCAUUGUCCAGUUAAAGUAGUAACUGUGGGAACUGUUCGAGAGUCCACUUGAGGGUCCAAAGGGUGUGAUUUCCUAAUUUACUGAUACUGCCCAAGAACGGUGAGCAGGAUUUUCUCCUGGUGCCGCUCUUAGACUGGAUCUGUUCAAGUGAAAACUGCCACCUCUGCUUCUGGCAGCAGGUUCGAGUCUGUUCAGUUUCAGUCUGACCUCUGCUCUGUGUUGAACUCCUGUUUAUGUCCUUGUUGUCUGAAACCAUGGUGACCGUAUCUCUCCCACCGCUGUUAUCCACAGACUCUGCUCUCUGUCACGGUGGGGACCAAAGCUGUCACAUGACCUCACCACCUUCUGACCUCACUCUGAAAGACACUCCAACACAAACACACUCAUACACACACUGAAGCCUAUCUACCAGCUCUUUACCCCUGCAGGAAAAAGGUGUGCACUCCACUUCCUCCUGACCUGGACUCUACUUUCAUGUUUCAGUCACUUUGAGUCAAAUUAUGAAGUUUAAGUGGAAUAUUUGUGCUCUCUUGUUUUUGGAGGGACCGCAGCAAAGUGAAGGGACAGACCUAUAAUUCUGAAAGUCUGUUAUUGACUCAGUGAGUGAGUGAGUGAUGAGGGAAAACUAUUGGUCCUUACCCUUUUAAAAUGAACAGUCUUUAACAUACCAUAACUCCAUAUUUGGACCUCUAAGGUUAAAGCAGCUCUGGAGACUUCUUCUUCUAUGUUUGGAUAUAACAGAUGCCAAACCAUCUAGAGCUCCCCCUGCUGACUGGCUGCGGUAGUUCACAAAGUCCACCUCCUUAGUAUAAACAGAUAGAACAUGGGUCAAACAUCUAGACUGUAUAAUACAUGGAUGUAGUGUCUGUAACGUCAUCCUUCCGUUUGUUUGUUUGUUUGUUUGCAAAGUUUUGAAGCUCGUCAGCUGUGGUCGCCAUGUUGAAGUGCUGACUCAGCCUACCUUUCAAUCAACCUAUCGAGAGGUAAUGAGGCGGGCCUUUAGCCUCUUCGCAAGGGGUGUCCUGAUACAACUUUUUUACUUCCAAUAUGAUACCGAUAUUGUAGCCUUCAGUAUCAGCUGAUAUUGAUCCGAUAUUGGCACAAAUUUGUGCAUGACAUGUUUUUCACUCAGCUGCAACGUCUUUUUUGGACUUUAAUGAAAAAUACUGCCACGCGGCCGACAUCACUCUUACUCCUUGCUACUUUGUUAGUACCGUAGUACACACUGUUGUUGUGAUCAGGGCUCUGCAUGCUCGAUACUGGUGCUGCUAGCUAGAGGUGCCGGAGUGGAGUCUGGAAUGGACUGCUGUAUUGAAGUGCUGAUAUCAGAGAUUUUAGAUGCAGGUCGGUAUAAUCCGAUAUUUGGUUUUUGGCUGAUAUCAGACCGAUAUCCGAUACCAAUAUAUUAGCGGGACAUUCCUACUCUUUGCCAAUAGCUAGGGGAUAAAAAAAACCCUCACUCCCAGUCCAGUGUCUGUUUCCUGCUGCUUCUGUUGCAGACGCUGUUGGGAUUUUCACUGUUUUUUUGUUUGUUUGUUUUUUCAAAGAUGAAUCCUUUUACCUUUAUUUGAUUGAUUCGACCGUUGAUGAGAGGCGGGAUAUGCAGUGGUCAGCAUAAAUGUGUACACCCCUUUAGAGUUGUCAGAAAACCUUUAGUUUCCUUUCAAAACCAACAUUUUCCAUGUCAGACCAUGUGACAAAAUACUCCUCCAAAUGGGCCAGUGAGUGUAAACAAGAUUUUUUAUGUAACAAACAAAAAAGUAUUUAUUUUUUUAUUUAAAAUCAGGAUGCAAAAAUAAGUACAGCCCAAUCAAAGUUCUGGGAGCAAAGCUAAAUUUUAGUUAAUAUAUCACCCUUACUUUCAUCUUAUAGUAAGUGAAAUGUUUGUUAAACUCAGCUUUGUCAAAACUUUGGAAAUUGUACUUUUGCUCAUCUAGAUAUUGAGUAAUACAUUACUUUUAAUAGUGGUUGUACUGACUAAUGCUGGGCACUGUAUAUGAUAGGAAGAGCAGGGGAUGAUAGACUCCAAACAGAGUCAGGAUUGGGACUUGAACUAGUAGGACAAGGACUGUAGCUUUUGCACACACAGUGUCUGUUCUUCAAACUGAAAUAAACCAGGAGAUUUUGUGGAGGCUUGUUUUGGCUUCACUUUUGUACAAUAGGAGGAGAUGGAGCCAUUUUUGCAUACAGUCCAUGUUCAGCAAAACUCACUACUCUGAGAUCAGGAUGUAGACAGACUUCUCUGUAACCUCCCCUCCCACUCACUCUACAAUCAGGCUUUUCAAACCCAAUCGUUGCAGUAAACUUCAUGACAAAGUGCAGAGGACAAACAUCAGCCAAGAUUCUGACCACAUUAACAAGUGAUCUUAUAACUUCUUCUGCAUAUGAAGAAACGCUGCAGUAAAUGUAGGAUUUAACACUGACUCUUUUACUGACUGUUUCGAUUUUCCCUGCUGGCCUCCUGCAGUAGGAGGGUGGAUGUUGGCCCCUGUGCCUGCGUGGGUCAGCAGCAGUGUACUUUGGAGCUGUAAUGUUCCUGUUAGACUGAAGUUUGGUCAUAUGUUGGACGUGUUUUAACUCAGUGACUCUUUCUGCAAACCGAUCUGACAGAGGACAGAAUAAAGAAGUUUAAAGGAGAGAAAUGAAGAGGACCCAAAUACCCCAACUCCAGUUUUGUGCAUGUUUCAUGUGCAGCAGAUACUGGCGCUAGGUCAAAAAGGAAAAACCCGAAUACACUUGUGCGCGAUAAAAAACUCACUAACUGGUCUGGACCUGUAUGUAAAAGCAACCAGCCGCUCAGCUGCCCGUCUGUCAUCACCAUUAAAGGUGGCCACAGUGGGCUGAAGCCGCUCAUCUUUAGCAGCUGGCCUUCGCCCUCCCCCUCAACACCCGCUUCUUCUUCACUCAACUUGUGCUGCCGGACUUCGUGUUUGCUGCUGCUACUGUCUGCCAAAAUAUGCAAUCAAUGCAAAACAUGUCAGUGGCGCCAGUUUGGCCUAUGGUUAAAUCCUGCACUCAGAGUACAGAGACUACAGGCCUCAAAGCAGGUGGUUGGUUGGACUCCAACACGCACCCGUUUGCUGCGUGUCAUUUCCUUCUCUCUAUUUCCUGCUCUGUCCGCUUCUUCAUCUCAACAAAAAACAUCUAAAAAUUCAGAUUUCAUAUUUAAGGAAACACUCUCCAGAGAUUUCAGCCUUUGUUCAUUUCAACACCACCUCUUUUCCAAAUCUCACUUGGAUUUCUAUCCAUAUGGUUUUACUCGUACAGUGUCCUAUGUAGUCGUAACCAUGGUAACUGACAUAAAAAGCCUUUGUUUGAGGCUUAUGCUGCUCAUGCCCCUGAUGUUGCUCAUGAUCCUGCAGCUUACGCUCUGUGUUUCUAGUCUGACUUCUGCAGCCUGUCUAUCCUGGAGGGUUACUUUGGUGUUUCUGAACUGUCAGUCGUAAGAGCUCGGCCCUUUAGCUGAGAAACCUUGACUUAAAACCAGAGUAGAAGCGAGGCUAUCGACUGCUGCAGGCACACGGUAUAUCUGGUGAAUGGACUGUUUUUUUAUAGCACUUUGUUAAACACUCAAAGUACAAUCAUCUGUUCGCACCACAUUCACACAGCCCUAGGGAUUUUUGUAAGGGUUCGUGAACACUGAGGCUUUGUUUUUGUCAUUUCUUGAACCUGACAGAUGUCUCUCCUACCUCUGCUGUAGUACUGACAAGUACUUCACUCAGUCUCACACAAAAAAACAAACCACUCCGUUAAAUGACAGCGUUCAAAAAAAAAUAAAUAAAUAAAAGAUGCAUGUGUGACAGACGCCAGCAGUUCUGAUUUGUGAUUCUCCAGAACGUCCAGAUGGUCAAUCUGCUCUCGGGCAACAAUAUCUGAUCUCAGCUUUGAAUUAAAUGUAAAAUAAUCCCAUUUUAAGGUUGCUGUGCUUUAGAUUUUGCAUGUUCAUACACACAUAAUGCACGAUUAGUUGUAGUUUUAUCAUCUCCUGCAAGAUUGAAUAACUGAUGACCGCCUCACAUCCUCUCUUCUGGAACUGAGACUUGAAUCGGUGCAGGAUUGGAGACCAAAAGGGUGGCAGGGGGGUUCAGGACAAUGCCAAAGAUUUCCUGAAUGAAAGCUGCUCUGAAGUUGUCAAUAUGACAGAGUUCACACGAUGUGAUUUCAUUAGUUUUUCCAUCGCAGUUCCCCUAAUUAAGAGAGCUUUUCAAACAAGUCCAACCCAGGGGACUAGAUCGGCAGGCUGCACCGGGCAUCUGCGGCCGCAUUUAAGAAGUUUGACAAUGAUCCAAAUUAUUUACUACCAUGUUAUUUCUGGAAACUUAAAAACUCUGGAGAUCAGCUCUUAUGAUUUUAGGAUACAGUCAUAUAAGUGGGUUUAUUGGUCUGAACAACGAGACAAAAGAAACUCUACAAAGUGCUGAUUUCUGCAGAUGAAAAGGUCAAAAGUUCACAAGUGUCCCCUUUCUUGCAUCAAUCUUGCAGAUAACAAAUGCUACAUGGCUCACUCAGCGAAAUACUGACAUCCAACUUCUGUGCAGCGCCUCCUCCUCCUCCUCCUCCUCCUCCUCUUCUCCCUCGCUAGAUCAUACUUUUGUCACGUAACUCCCCCGGGAACCGUCAACUACACUUGAGCUGCCAAGAGUUUUCCACUCAGCUUUUUUUCCAGAGUGGGGGUUCUGCUCUUUUACGGCAGAGUACCACCUUUUACCGCAUAUGAUGUCUUGACUGUAAACAGAGCAGAACCUGUCGGUGUAGGCGGUGUGAUUUUUCACCGCGUUCGCUCGAUAAUGUGGCAAAAUUGAUUAUUAAACACCAUGAAAUAUGUGUGUGUGUGUGUUUGAAGGUUUCCUGUGUGCUCUGGUGUUACAUUUCAGGGUGUGGCACGCCAUUGUUUCUCCCUCCUGUGGGUUGUAAAAGGGUCUCUGCCACCACCCACCCACCCAACAUGAGGCACAGCAGCAACUGGGGAGUGUGUGCCAACCUGACUGCGGUCUAGCAGCCGAACCCGUCCCCCGCAACACGCAGAAAACCCAGAUGCAAAGGAUUAUGGGGUUUUCUGUUCAGUUUACAGUAACUCCGGUUUAAUGCGAGGGUGGGAUAGGGGGAGAGGGGACUGUGGUCGAUGUGUCACAUGGACGACUCUGCUUCAUUUAUUCCACUUUGUGUCUGUUUUCUCCCUCCAGUAGUUUUAUAGAUUUGUUUUUCUAGAAGCUGAAUUGUAAAUUUGGGAUGUAAACUUUUUGCUCUGCCCUUAAUUUUUGAUACUGAGGCUGAUCAGUUAAACCUCCUUAAUACCCUGAUACACACACCGCAGCUUUAUAGGCCAACUUUAAAGUGAUCAUGGUGCACAGCGAAGCUUUAAUCAUGAGCAGAGUGGCCGUGUUGUUGCCAGGAAACAUGUCAGUUGAUUUUUGUCCCUUUGCUCUUCUUUCUUUAUCUGUCGUCGGAGGUUUGGCCAGUAUUUUUACGCUCAGAUUUUCAGAGUGCACUGGUUUCUCAAUUAUCUUUUCAUGCUGAGGGCCCCUUUAAGGGAGUUCAGUAAGCCUGCAGCGAGAUUCUGCAUCUGGGAUCUCAACUUGAAGAGAUUUUAGUUCGCAGAGACUUCACUCUGGGUGGGCAGAGAUCUUGUGUGAAAGUCUGAUACAUGAGCGAUGUUUCUUCUCUGCUGUUCUCUCAUUGUGUUAAUGGUAUUAUAAUAGAGUUAAACCACUCCUUAUCCCUCCCUGUAGAAAGCCAUGGUUGAUGAAAUCACUCCUUAUACAUCAGCUCUGUGCUGAUAGGUUUUGCAACCACCUUCUGCUGCGGGGACUUAUUACCUCAUUAAACUAUAAUCACUAAUUCAUGGGAACACAAACACCAGAGAGUGUAUUCUAAAUACUGUCAUUUACCCGGCAAUAUUUUACUUUUUUAUUUGCAUUGCAGCGACAGAGCUGAGCAAAUUGAUAUCAUGUUUGAAACACAUUUUCAUCAAGAGCACCUGCCUUCGUUUAAGCAGCUCUCCAAGUGUCUUGGUUUUAUUUAAAGAAGAGUCCUCAGAGAAAACACUUUAAUGUUCCUCCAAAAUAUUUCUAACUGGCUGCAUCUUCAUUUGCAUCAAGUCAUCACCCUAUUAAAAAUAAUGGCCCAAGUCAUUUUUUGACAAAAAAGAGUUCUUGGCCUAAAUCAUCUCUUGAUAAUGCUUCUAAAUCCUUAGUUGAAAGAAUCAUGCCAUGGUCCUUUCAGCUAGGGAUUUAGGCGAUUUUACCAGAGAUGGUCAGCAUUAUCAAGAGAUGAUUUAGGCCAAAAACUCAUUUUUGUCAAAAAAUGACCAAAGCCAUUAUUUUAAUAGGGUGAAGAAGUAAAAAUGCAAAGUAACACAAAAACAAAAAUAAUUAUGUUUAGACUUAAAGACUCUUCUGGGCUCUAUGAAGUUAUGUUACACUUAAAGUCAAGUCAGGUCAAAUUAAAGCUCGUAUAGGGAGUUUUUUAUGUUUAUAAAAUCGACUGAAAUUCAUAUUGAUGUCUUUUCAUGGUUUUCAAAAGCAAACAAGACCAUUAACCUCAUGAUUAAAAUGUUUUUUUUCUGAAUUUUCUGUAACUGGUGAAAGGGGGUACGUGUUAGCCGAGCAGGAGCUUUAAUUAAAUCAUAGGUGAACAAACGUUAAUGAACGGUCUGAUUACAUUUUUGCAGCUAACAGGUUUUAAACUACAUGAGGAAGAUUUCUGGUGAUUUGUUGCUCACGAAGAUUAUUAAACAUGCAAAGAGGUCCAAUAUGUGGCUACGAAAACUAAAGAAAGGAGUGCAGUUUAUGUUACAGGAUCAUUUCUUAGCAUCAUGAAUCAAAUCAAGACGUCAAAAUGCAACUCUGUCCGCUGCUGCACGGCUGCCAUCCUCCUCUUCCUCCUCUUCAGAGCGGCCAGAAUAAACACAGCCAAAGUCCCGUUAAUCAGCAGGAUAAAAGCCAGUUAGCUUCCAACAGAGGUGACAUGCAAUCACAUUAUGAAGCGUUCAAGGUCGGGUCGGUAAAACAAGAAUCAGGCAACAGUGAGUAAUUUGUGAUCAUGGCGUGUUUUAGCUUUAGAGGAGAUCUGCUGCUGAUAUUAGAGUAACUUAUUACCGGGAAAGCCUGAAACAGAACAUGAAUUAGCAGCAGUGUGAUUUACUCUCUGAAUGUUUGUGAGAAUGUGUUGCACCUGCUGGAUUUUGAGUCAUAACUCUUGAGCGGAAAGGCAGCGAACGUUGCCGUAUUUCACCACAUGGCCUUUCUUUGGCUUCAGCUGAAGCUUAAAAUAGCACCAAGAAUAAGGCCAUUUUCAGUUUUUACGUUAUUGAUCCUGGAGUUACACGCUGGAGUCUGCAGCGCCAAGAUGAGCUCAGAAACGGCUUUGAAGGAAAACAAAAAAAAAAGAGGUCUGGAGGAUGGAAAUAUAUUCUGUAUGUGUGCAGAGUCUGAGUCUGUCUGACAUCAGAGCACCUCGACAUGAAAAUGAACUCGUAUUUGGCAGAAGUGUCUCUCCCAUUCUCUCUCUCUUUGUCUCUCAACACUGCAGCCAAUAUUUAUUCCUUCUAAAAUAUUUUUCUUUCCCUUUUUUACUUCCCUUUCCAAUGGGUGACUAACAUUUUCUACUUCAAUUAGCACUGCAGCUGCGUAGAAAUAAAUAAAGAGGACAGAAAUUUGAGGUUAGAAAGAACGGAAACAGGGAAGCAAACACUUUGAUCAGCGCCAUGUGUUUUUCCCGGUAUCUCACCAGAAUGAGCGGUCCUUCCUGUCAAACCUGUUAUUAGUUUUAAUCCAACUUAUUCUCAUUAAAUCAAAAAGGAAGAAAAUGUACAUCAUUUAAUCACAGUGUGCCCUACACUUAAACGAUUUGAGUGCUGUCCCUCUGGUCUGCUGUUUCUCAAAAACUGUGCGAUGAAUUCACUUGAAAGGUUGAAUUUUAGGACACUCACAACGACUUAAAUGAUCUCCAAACUUUUCCUCUGAAGCACAAUAAACAGGUUCCAAAAUUUACUUUGCAAAUGACAUGUCUACAAGAGGGAUUUUUACAGAUUACGGCACAGAUGAUUGUUGUUUUCACAGGAUAAAUCACUGUAACUUAAAGCUCCUGUGGGGAGUUUUCAAACUGAAAUAAGUACAGGUGCUUCUAUGGAUCCCAAAUGCAAAAUAGGCUGAAAUUGAUGUGACUGAUUAUUUCUGUAGAUUUAUUCUUGUUUAUUUUUCUAAAUGUUUUCUCUGAAGCUUUUGCUGGGGUAGAGUGACGAGCCACAAGUAUUGACAAAUUCCUCACAGGAGCUUUAAAGUAAUAUCGUGACAUUUGCGUCUUUUGCUGUUUCAAAUGCUCCAAAACUUCAAGAGCAGAUACCUGAAACAAAACAUGUGGCAUUCCCAAAUGUUGUGUUUGGUACCAGAAAAUGAAGUUUAUUGGGGUAAAACAUUUACAAAUGGGGUGACAAUAUUCUGAAUCCCUUAAAAGAAGACAUUACGACGCUGGGAGGAGUCGUGCGCAAAAUUUCGGUACACCGUACACAAACUCAAACUCACAACUUCGAUACAAAACCCCUGAUAUUUGAAGGGUUUUAUAAACUCCCCCCGGACAAGGCCAGACAGCCCCCAAAAAGAGGACAUGUCUGGGUAAAAGAGGACAUAUGGUCACCCUACGAACAAACAAUUUUUACUGAUAAAGAGCCAAAGUUAGAGGGCCUUGGUUGUACUUUUGUGAUCUUAUUUAGAGAGACAGCACUUAUUGAUUUGGGGGUCCAAAAGUAAAAAGAAAAGGGAGAAAGAUUUAAUGUGUCUUCACGCCUGAAGACUUGCUCAACAUGCAGUUUCUGUGCAGCUCUGAAGCUUUUUGUCGAACCGUUUGUUUUCACCAUCCUGGUACCUUCUUGUCUCUCGAGUGAGGCCCUGCUAGACUGGUCCACCUCUCUUGCAUCCCUUCAUAUUUUUCACAAAAGAAAUCCUCACACGAGAAAACUUCUCUCUCUGCAUUUUACUCUUGUUUAUUGCUCCUACCAGGUGUAAAAGAGGCAGCAAAGAAGGAUACAUCCUUGAUUUAACAGCACGAAAAACAAAAUCAAUUUUAGAUGUUGUCAAAGUUAUGAUUGUCUUUUCUCUGCAUGAGUGUAACUUAACUGUCCAUCUUACUUGAGCAGGAAUAUCGAUCAGUGGAGAAAGUGUCUGUCUCUCAUUUAAACUUCAUCAAAAUAAUAUUGUACUUGUCAGCGCUCAUACUCAUCCUGAAGGACCUUUAAUUGAGACAGAAUAUGUUUUAAAGCAGCCAAAUGUGUGUAGUAUGGUUUUUAUUAAAGGAUUGCAUAUGUUUCCAUUCAGGCUUUGUUUUCACUGAAGCCCCUUUAAGGACAUUGUGGGGCUUUUAAACGUCUCGCAGCAUUCCUCAGAUGGAGCUGUGCGUGUACUGUACGCGUGGGCCUCAGCUUUAGACCUCCUCCGAAUGAGUCAAGAGGAGCUCGGUGAAUUUGCAAAAACGUCCUCAGGAUCUAAAAAUAGUUUCUCUCUGAACUCGUUUCAGCGUAUGGGACUCAUUUGAUGCGUGUGUGUGUGUGUGUGUGUGUGUGCGUGGCAUUUUGCCUAUUUUUUGCUGCUUUACAUGGCCACAUGAAAGAUUCUUUGUGUUGGAUGAGAUUGUCUGCUUUUUUCAUUAAAAACUGGGUUUAAUAUGCUCAAACAAACUCUGCUGUGGAGAUUUUUAACCCGCCCUGGUUUCUGACUUUUGUUUUUCACCAGUUCACAUGAACUGUGGCGGUGUACCAAGUCUCUGGUUAGCAGGCUUCUCUGCACUAACAGCUUAAAUUAUUUAACCAUUUUCUAGCAGCAUGAGUUAACAUGACAAAUGACCUUUGCGGCUUGUCGUGCAGUUUGAUUGGUCGGUUUGUACGGCUGCAUCCUGAAUGCAUGAAUAUAACCACUUAAACCAAUUGUACGCUGUCCGUGAAACAGAUGCUCAAUUUUGGAGUGUUCACGUUCAUACUCGUGAAAUGAUCAGGUGAUUGUGGUGCAUACUUUCAAUACCAUGCACAACACAACCGCUGACCCAGAGUUAGCCGUCAAGCUAGUUUACAUCUGUGGUCCCUGGGCAGGAAGGUCAUCCGUCAUUAGAAACGAUAUCACCUGCUUGAACACCCUCAAAGCAUGAAAUGACUUUCCCAAACGACAUUCAGUGGACCUUCAGGCAAGUAAGUGUGACCCCCCUUCAGCAGACUCUUACAGCAUGUUUUUGAAUGAUGUGACCAAAACAAAUAAGAUUAAUCAAGUAAAUAACACAGAGACAGAAAAUAGGAAGUUAUUGUAAAAGAUACUAUCGCUGUCAGACUGUUAAAAAUAAAGAAUUCGUGAUGGUUAUAAGAGUGAUUGGCCCAAAACACAAACUUAAAACCAUAGACUGUAUGAACGCUGGAUGAAGCCACCUUGAGAACAGCACCCUCUGGUGACGGGCUGCAGUAUAGGUCAUAAAUCCUGCCUCCUCCAGCAAUCCCUAUGGAGUUGUGGACAAACUUUAGAAAUUUAUUACACAGAAUAUAAAUGUUUCUCCCGCCUGGUUGUGAUGUUGACAUGUAGUGAUUGUAAGACUGGUUUGUGCUCAAGUCCAUUUUUUUCUGUACAGCUUCAUUUUUAAAAGUUAUUACGGGUUCAUGUUUUCUAGGAUUGACACCUGAUACAGCCUAUGGGCGUACGAAGAUUGCAUAGCUCACCGGGGGGAUACGCUGUUUGAGCCGAGCGUCAUCAUGGCGACUCUCCUGCCAAAUGCGUACAACGCUACUGCACAAUGUUGGUUUCAGGAAGUGGAGAGAAAAAAAAAGCGGGAAUACCGAGAGCUUUUUGGCUUCAAAUCCGUAUACUGGCGGAAGAUGGAACCAAGUUGUCCAUAGUAUAUACAGUCUAUGUUUAAAACCCAUCUGGUUUCUUAAAGUUUUACUCAGGAAGAAAAAUCAACUUAAAUGUAAAUUGAAAUCAUGAUUUUAAAUCUAUUUUGAUAAUUGUAGAUAUCAACACAUUAGAGAUUCGUUGUCCAUUGUGAUACCUUUUCGGUCAUAUCGCCCAGCCCUAUAUUCAAACCUAAUUUUGGAUCAUCCAGCUGAUUCUCAUCGCGGGCCAAACAUCAGUUUUAAUCACCUGUGAUGCAGUUUAUUAUUGUUUUAUUAGCUGCCCCCUACUGGUAGGAUGAAUGUAUGACAUGUUAGAAGUUCUGGUUCUGGCUGACUGCAUCCUCUAACAGGGUGAAUGUGGAGCUCUGAGCCAGGUCCAACUUUAGGACCUCGGUGGAAAUUUCACUGACGACCGCCAAAGCUGUGUCCUGAUUUAACACGAACAGUGGAAGCACAUAAAUUGUUAAUUUCUGCGAUGCUUCCUUAAUAAUUCACAUGUACGGUCUGAGUUUAUGCUCCACAUGGAUCUGUAUGAAGUAUAGAGGUGAUGUUGUAAGUUAGCAUUGAAGGCUAAAAGUAAAAUGCUGUGUGGAUCAAUUGCAGCUGGCAGGCAGCUGCUAACCAGCAGAAGUUGUUUGUCGCUGUUUUAUUGUUAUAUCUCGUGUGCUCACAGAUGAAGUUUUGUGAACAUCCUCACAUGCUGUAUGUGAUUCAGAUUUCUUUAUUUUUUUCCAUACUCGUGUUGAUUUAUUGUUUGUUGUGUCAAAAAUGAUCAGCCUCAGUCAUAAACAAUCCAGCUCCUCCAGAGCUCCUCUAAUCGCUAUUCCCUCAUGUUGCUACUGCUUUAAACUGAAUGGAAAAAACAGUCAUAAUACAUCAUGCUCCUUGUGCUUUUCUGCUUCAUAGCCAACCUUGUCCAAGUGAAAAGGUUCAGAACUGCAGUCUGGAAAAAGCUCUGAGGAAGUAAUGAUAGCUUCGGCCUGACUGUAAUGGAGAGAAAACUGUUAUGUGAAAAAGAAAAAAAAAAAACGAGGAAAGGGGAGGAAUCAAUCAGUCCACACGAGCACACUAGUGGUGGAGACUUCAUGAAAACUUUUGUGUUUAGAGAACUUGUCUUCCUCUAUUCCACUAAAAAGCAGCGUUGUCUCUUUAAGAGUCCGGUUUCCAGUUGAUUGUAGAACCACCUGGAGCCCCAGACGUAUACCUGACCCCUCUGUCUCCACCCCUCUGUAUGUAACUCAAACAUUCAACGCAAACGGCAGCCGAGCCCGACUUCAAAACAACUCCCUCUGCACUCAUUAAGCGCUCUUUUCUCAGCGUUUAAGAAUUCCUAUGCGGUCUGAAGCUUUUCCUUAAUGAAGCGCAAUUAAAACUGAGAGAAGGUAAUGAAAAAUAUUUACCCCCAGUCCAAUGAAGUGGCUGGUGAAGUUGAUGACUCCUCUUAAUAAAAGCCAUAUGCCUGUUCUCAUAAAGUUCUGUUUUUGUGGCGCACAUUUCUUUAGGCGUUAGCGUUUGCCAGCGAGUGAAUCAACUCCUGACGGUGGGUAGGAGGAGGGAUGAACCACGCAGUUUAUCAGAAGCAGAAGAUCUGAUUUAUGCCUCGGGCCUCACCGUGCCAAAUCUCCAGCAGUGAUUACCAGCCACUCAAAGCAGAUAUAAAUCUGAUAAACGAGGCUGUGAUUGAUUCAAAAGGUGUUUAUGGUGGGCACCCUCAACAUGGCACUAAGUACUCUUUAUUCUGAGCUGUUUCUUCUGCAAAGAAAGGCAGUAUUUUGUAAACAGUCUUGAAGUGGCUCUAAUAGGAGUUGAACUGUUGACCUUGGCAGUAUGAGCGGCAUGUAUUAUUCACUGAACCACAAGCGAAUCUUUCCCCCAUCAUAGGAAAUUUCCCCAAAUUUCCCAAACACUGUAAAGCGAGUGAAAAUGCAAAUAUGUGCAUGAAAAGCAGGAGAAAUAUGUUUCUGCACCACAAGUGGAUGACAUGAAGGAGACAGCAGGGCUAGAAAGUAUUUUGACAGUGAAAUGAUUCAGGGUCAAACCUCUAAAUCAUACGUAGUUCUCCACUGAUCCACUUUUGAAUUCACCGGACCAGGACUCGCCAGAAUUAUAACCCAGUACUUCAAACUUUUCAUCUUCUAAACUGAACUUUUGCUACUUUUCUUACAGGACAACAUCCACGUUUGAAUGAUUGUACAGUUCACAAAGGCAAAUUUAUAUUAAAAACAGGAUCUGUAAAUGAAAAUAUGAAAAAAAAAAGAACCCAAAGACAGGAAGGAGACGGGGCUAGAAACAGGAUGUAAUCUGAUGGAAGAGUUAUGUGAUGGAAACUGCUGCCAACAUCUGGGGUCAAAUUGCAGUACGUUUGGAUUUGUUACCCGGCCUUGGCCAAAAUCACAACCUAAAUCUUAAUUCCAAGAUCCACUCACUUUAACUUGAGUCACCUAUAAUUAUUAUUUUAGCAGUGCUAGCAGCUUGGUUUUGGGGGGAUGUAGACUGUAUGAAACAGGGUGGUGUCGUCCAUUGGUUUCUGAAUUUGAUGUGAUGCCCAGAUUAUAGUCGCUAUGUUGGAGAUGCUAACUCAACCCUGACUAAAAGGUAAAAAGUAGGAUUAAUGCCUCCUGAGUAACAGCUACAACAUGUCACUACUAUUCAUAGAGACAUAACUUUGACAGUAAAACAACAAAUUCACUCCCCACACAUUGCGGAUGAACCCAGACUCAUUGUGUAGCUUCUACGGCUGCUCUGAAAUGACUGAUUUUCAACGAGUCAAGUUUAGAGGUUUCGAUAAAACUCAGAAAAGAGUCAAAACUGAGCACAGUUUAUUAAAAACAGUUAAAUAUGAGUCUUACAGAGCUAGCGCCACCAGUCUUCAGUCCUUGGUGCAGGUUAAGGUCCACUUGUGGCCUUGAGAUCCUGCAGAACCGGACCUUGCUUAAAGCACUAGUCUGCACUAAUAAAGAUAUCCAAUCCAUUUUAUUUGUAUAGCACGAUUCAAGGUUUCCAAAGUGCCGCACAGCAAGAUAAAAAUACAAUUAAUAACACAACAGAAGCACAAAGGAUAAGGUAAAAAUAAAAUGAGAUAAAACUCAAUAAAAUUAAAACAAACACAAUAAAUAAAAUCAACAGAAUAAAAGUAAAUGAAGACGAAUGAAUGAAGAUAUAAAUAAAUCGACUAACAAAUCAGUGCCUCUAGCACCAACUAGUGAGAAUUACUCUGUUAAGUCGACCUUAUUCACACAUCCUCAUUGCAAACAUGUUUCUUUACGCUCUGAUUUACAUACAGGAAUAUUGCUUUUGGUGUUAAUGGGGCGUCCUUAGGUUUUGUAGUCAGCCUCUAGUGGACACUUGAGGAACUGCAGCCCUUCUGUCUCUCAAUAUAAGCUGCACUAACUUUUGUAAUCUGUCAGUUUUUCCCUCAGCAUGAAUAAAAUCACUUGUCUUUGACUGUUGGCCUGUGAGUGAGUUUGUACUGAAAAGAAGCUUUUUACCCUUGGCUGUAGUUCGGGGUUAAAUUGCUGGCGUACUGAGAUGGUAAAUCAGCAUGUUAGCAUUGUUAUUCUGGGCUCUGAGCGUUCGUCUCAAAGUCAUGCUGCUUUGAGCUUUAAGGAUCCCAGACUAUUGGUUUAGAUUUACUGUAAGUUUAUCUUUCUUGACUAAACUGGCUUUAAAUCUGAGGGAAACAGUUCCUUUUUGUUUGAGUCUGACACGACUUAACUCCAAACUCUUGGGAAGAACUUUUUGUUUGUGUUGUUUUUGCGCCCCCUCUGGUCAAACUUAACUUCCUUGUUAAUCCUGUCCUGUAGAUGCAGAUUGUGUUUUCUGUUUGCUGGAUCUUCUGCACCCUUUUUCCUGACACCUCUGACAAAAUCAGGCAUCUAUAUUAGUAAAAGCCGUGGGAUACUCUCAAAAGACACCAUCCGUGAAAUGUUGUUAAACUUUCCUCGAGUUUUUCCUGUAAGAGAGACAUUUGUUCUUUCGCUCUUCUCCGAGAUCUGAGAUGUUUUUCAUGGUUCACUUGACCGGAGAAGAUGAUCUUGAUCCAUGGCUGUGAUGUCACUGUCCCAACAUAUCAGAAAUCUCCCCGCAGCCAUGAGGAGACGACAUGAGAAGCUGUGGCGCAGUAUUUCUGUCAGAGGGGACUUGUUGAGAAAACAGCAGGGACUAGACCGGACUGAUCCUAAGUCAACACAACGGUCCUGUUUACUAGAAAUGCCGUCACGUUCCCACAAUACUUCAGCGGAGGGCUCGCAGCGCUGGCCUGCUGAUCUUGUGUUCAAUUUCAUGAGACAUUUUAAGAUGAAAAAAAAGAAAAGUGGCUCCCUUUUGCUCCCUGAGAGCCUAACAGGGUCCCUGUGCCGAGGCUCUCUCUCGGGCCGAUGCACUGAUGGGAUCCAGAUGCUGCAGGAGCGUGGACGGGGACACAGAGGAGUGUGGAGGCCUCACUGCAGCCUUGAUUGAUCGGGGUCAGGACAGAGUUAGGAGUCACGUUUCUUCACUCUGAUCCCCUCUCUCUUUCUAGUCCUCUUCCCCUUCUCUGCUCUCGCUCUUCCCCCGUAUAUAUCCCGUCUGCUGUCAGGGUUGUGUUUUAUGUUCCCUGUUGAGACGGCGUGGAGCUCAGCGGGAAGCAGACAGCUUCAAGUCUGGCUCUCUGCCUCACCUCUGCUGAGUGUUUAAUGAACUCUUUUACAAUCCCGGGCUAAAUCUUAACCGCAAUUUAUAGGCACCGAGAACCAGUUUUUCAAUGAAACCAGGCUUUAAAAUCUCAAUUUCUGUAAACAAAAACAAUAAACUCAAACCUCUGAGAGAAGCAGGAGUGGAACUUUUUCCCGUAGUUUCCAUUUGUAAGGAACUUUUUCCAACGUUAAUUCGGCUCACAGUGAACUACAGAGUGAUGCUGCAUUAAAAAGCUGCUCAGAUUUAGAGAAAACUCAACAAUAUGUGACCUCUCUUGAAAAAAUGGCAUAUUUGAUGUAUGAUAAUGAGCAUCUGCGUGAGUCGGACGUUUCACUCUUAAUUAUUUCAUGGUUUAAGCAAAGUUAUGCCUGAUUUGUUUGCAUACAUCUGCAGCAGAGUCCGAGUGUUUUUCAUUUGAGAAAUGCUGAUUUGAUUUGGCCUCUCUUUGUUCUUUAAAAAAAGAAAAGUAGGGUGAUAUAUAUAUAUAUUAAUAUUUUUUCAUUCCCUCUGUUUUCACUCCCUUAGGACCAUGCCCACUCUGCAGAGCCCCGCCCCCCUGCUGCUCUUCAGCUUCCUGAUUGGUCUGAGCUUCUCCCUGAACCCCAGAGACCCGAAUGUGUGCAGCCUGUGGGAGAGGUGAGCCCUGUCCGACUGUUUUUAUAUCCAUAUUCCACAUUUUUUCUCACACAAACCCGCUGACAUACUUCAGUGUCAGGGAGUUUUCCUGAUGGUUCGGCGGGAUUUACGAGGGUCAACAAUAACUUUUAAGAAAAACAAAAUAACAUCAGACAUGAGAAUACAGAUUGGUCUUGAAUUAAAGGUCGACCUUAAAUGCUUGACCCUUUCAGUCUGAGGCAUUUUAAAUUAAUGCAAAAUAUACUGAGUGACCUCCUUUACUCUUUGAUGAAGUAUUUCUAAUCUUAUGAAAAUGGUCUCUGCAGCUUGACCGUGUCCAUGAGGGGUCACUGGCUUGUUCAAAGUCUAUAAAUGAUGUGAUUUUUACACUCUGGCCUCUGCAGAUAAUAAAAAUAAUGUGUGUUUUCUUCUUUUUGUGAUAUAGAGACAAAUUCCAGGCCACAGAGAGAAUAAUUUUUAAGAUAACAUGAUGAAAAAUGACUUCAAAAGAAGUUUUUGGAGCAUAAAUAAAGUGGUGACGUUAACCGAUGAACUAGAAAACUUUUUAAGAGGGUCUUCUUUAAGACAGAUGAUAUUUUCUCCAUGUAUUUGAUUUUUGUGGGUGAUCAUUUUAGUUUCUCCUUUUUUCAGGAUCCUCUUCAGAUUUCAGUGAAGAGAUACUUAAGUGACCGUGCUGCUGUGAGACCUCGCAUAUUUCAGUUCAGGCAUCUGGUCUAUUAUUAGACCUUUUAAGGCACAUCUAAGACACUGCUCUCUGCUCUCAUGAAAAAUACCAAAUGAGGGAAUAUCUUCAGCAGAAUGAUGUUUGUCCUUCUGUGGAGCUGCAGAGACAUGAAGAGUUACCACCGAGGAAGGAGCUCUAAAUCUUAUCCGACCUCACAGAAAACCUUAAAUCUGGUUUUGACUUCAGUCAGCCAAAGAUAACUCAAACUUCCACCUUAAAACUACUUUAUUCAUUUCAAGGGGAUGAUAUAUUGUACCUUAUAGUGGCAUCAUGAAAAAGACUGUCCAACCCUUAAGCCUCCACACCCAGGGGCUACAAAUUUCCCUAUUUAGUUGUAUAACUUUCUACUGUUACUUUUGUUUUUCAGCUUCACCACCUCAGUGAAAGAGUCCUACUUUCACCCCUACGAUCAUGUGACAGAAGAGCCCUGCUCAGACCCCCGGACCUCCUACAGAUGCACGUGCCACAGGUAGCGCCGCAGUGAUGACUCUUUUCCUGUCAGGCUGACCUCCUGUUCCUGCCAGAGCAUCCUGUCUGACUGUGUUGUUGUUUCAGGAUCACCUACAAGACGGCCUACAGGCAGGCGGUGAAGACCGACUACCGCAAGAGGUACCAGUGCUGUCCGGGCUACUAUGAGAGCAGAGACAAAUGUGUCCGUAAGUAUUUAAAUGAUCCAGAUGUGACGAUUCAAACAUCUAUAAUAACACUGAGACAAACAUAGAUAAGGAGGAAGAGUUAAACAGCGUAAAAACAAGGAGGUUUUGGAGAUGUUUCAGCCUAUUCUUUAAAGCACUACCCCCAGAAUAAAACAGAAUAACUCAGUUUUAGCAUCAAAUGAUCAUUUCAGCUUUACAUUUUUCCUAACCUGGAUAACUAAGAUUCCUCUUUCUGAGCAACAAAAACAAACCAGACUCUCAGCAUUUAAACCUGAAGCUAAAAAAAGGUCAUUUUUAAAGCCUGAAGCUGCUGCUGUGGGACCAAAACAGACUUUUUUUUUUACAUUUUCCCCGGCAACCAUUUCUCACAGAUGUUAUAAUUGUCUGCAGAAGAUACAGGGUGAUAUUUGUCUGUUAUAAAACUAGGGAUGUCCCGAUCUGAUAUUGAUAUCGAUUAUCAGUCCAAUAUCAAGGAAAAAUAUAAUACGAAUAUUGGAUUAUAUCUGCCUCUGAUAUCAGCACUAGGAUACAAACAGUCCAUUCCAGACUCCACUCUAGCACCCCUAUCUAGCAGCACCUGGAUUUAGUAUGCAGAACCCACAUAAUCACAACAAAGAUUAUGUACUAAGACACUAACAAAGUACCAAGGAGUAAGAGUGAUGUCGGCCGUGUGGCAGUAUUUUUUGUUUAAGUCUGAAAAAGACGUUGCAGCUGAGUGAAAAACUUUGUGCCAAUAUCGGAUCAGUAUCUGUAUCGGCCAGUAACACUUGUGGAGGAUAAAACCAGCAGAGAUAGGAGGCACUGCUGUGUCAGGAUAAGUGCCAAAAAUCAAAAGUUUCCCACAGGAGAUCUUAACUCAAUUUUUCUAUUCGUUUGUUUAACAGGAUCAGAGCAAUAAACACUCCCAGACAUCACAAUGUCCUCCUAAGAGUACUAUUAAUCAAAUAUACUCAGUCAUUUGGAUCACUAAUAAGCUGUCCUGUUUAGCCUAAAAGUAGUCCAGUCUCAAACUAACAUCCUUAAAAGUCAGUGAAACGUCCUCAAAGUGUUUAUUCUUUACUUCUCCUAUGAAAUCCCAGAAAGUCUUUCAGGACACGGACUCGGUGACCUCACUUUUCUCACCGUGGGUGCGGCUAAAACUCGGUCAUCAGUACACACCUCUGAGCUCAGGCUCCAAACAAUACACAGCACACUGAAACUAAGAGUGUGUGGAGACAGAAUCAGGCCAAAGAAGGAGAAAAGUUUGUUCGAUUCUUCUGUAGUGAGUAUUAAGGGCUUCGUACUUAUAUUCUGGGCCUCUGUUUGCAGGUAUAAAAUAAACUUCUGUAAGGCCCGACAUUGAUGCUCACUAUAGUGAUGAAGGAGAACUGGUUAAAAACAAAGCAUCAGUGACAUCUCAUAAACUUAAGUGACAGUAAUCCAACAUAACUCUGUCAGGACCGAAGAGCGGGUCAAAUAACACCGGAGAGAAAACAGUCUUCACAUUUCUGACGUAGAUCAUCAUUACUCACAGAAAGUUGAUAAUGUCUCUGUAUUUUUAUUUCCAUUCAGUGUGCUUAGUUAAUAUGAGUAGCAUAUGACAGUGAAAUAACCAUAAUUAUGGGUUUUAUCCUCACUGGUACUUCACAUGCUGAAAACUCUCAGUGUACACUGGCUGCUGCAGCUGGAAAUCUAACCCCAAGUGAAGUGUGUGCUGCUGUCAUCUACAAACCCUCGUACACCCACCUUCGUUAUUCACAUAUUUUCGUUUGGUUUUGAGGAUUUGAAAUCAUUUCAACGGCUCUGAUUUCAUCAGCGGAGCAUCUGGUCCUGAUGAGUUCAGAGGUGUGGCUCUUUGUGUGAAAACAGCUCAGGAUAAAACAACAAAACUGCAGCAUUUCAACAGUAUUCCCUAAAUACAAGCAGAUAACUUCAGCACAGACUCAGCUCAGCUAUUACCGCCUUUAAGUAGUCUUUGGUAGCUUGUGGUUCUGACAUGGAAAGUUAUUUACAUAAUUUGUGGGGUGGUAAAAGCGGUGAAAGGCGAGGUGUUGGAAAAAGAGACUUGAUAUUUUACUUUCUGUCAAUAUGUGGAAGCCAGCAAAUGUUUUACAGACUAAAAUAUCUCACAAAAAGUAAAGUAAAGCAGAAUAAUUAGGUUUACACUUCGUAUUUAAAAUAAAAAAGUGAAAACAUAUUAUUCUUCACAUCUGUCACUACUUUAUGAAGCCACUCAUCUGUACUUACAUUAUUUAUGGACCUAAUCUUAAAGGGCAUGUGGGAUUUUUCAUUCAGAUAUCUUCAUGUGUCUUUUUGUAAUUGUCCUGCAGUAUCUCAACUGUAGUCAAAGGGGCUAUGUUUCCAGAACGGCGUCCCAAUGUAUCGUAUGUUAUUAUAUCAUAUCUUAUUGUAUUGUAUCAAACUGUGCCAUAUCAUACGUAAUCGUAUUGAUCUUAUCGCACCAUAUCCUAUCAUGUCUUAUACCGUAUCGUAUCACGUCAUACCUUAUCGCAACAUAUCUUAUCAUAUUGUAUCGUAGCAUAUAGCAUAUCUUAUUUUAUUGUAUUAUAUUGUAUCAUAUCGCCCCAUAUCAUAUCUAAUUGUAUUGCAUUUUAUCACAUACUAUUGUAUUGUAUUCUAUCGUAUCUAAUCGUAUGUUAUUGUAUCGUAUUAUAUUGCGCCAUAUGGUAUCUAAUCAUAUUGAUCUAAUCGCACCAUAUCAUAUCUUCAUCGUCAUAUCUUAUCAUAGCGUAUCGUAUCGCACCGUAUUGUUUUGCAACGUACCGUAUCUAAUCGUAUCGUAUUGUAGCAUAUCUUAUUGUACUGUAUUGUGUUGUAUCAUGCCAUAUCGUAUCUAAUUGUGUUGUAUCUUAUCGCAUCAUAUUCUAUCCUAUCAUAUCUUAUCAUAUUGUAUCGUAUCAUAUUGUAUCGUAUCAUAUUGUUUCAUAUCGUCUGGUAUUGUAUCGUAUGUGUAAUAUCAAUUCAUUAGUUGUUGCCAAAUCACGGUCUUCUGAUAUUAACCGUAACAUUGGAAAAACACAAAGAUAUAGUUUAUACAAUAAUGUACUUUGACAAAUUGUAUCACCUAUAGCAGAAUCAGUGUUUGAUAUUACUGUUAUUAUGAGAAAAGUAAGAUAUCAAAUUAGAUCAUAAAUCAUGUAACAUAACAUAUCUCAUAUUAGUUCAUAUCCUGUCAUAAAUCAUAUCUUAUGAUAUCAAAUCCCAUCAAACAUCGUCUUGUCUCACCGUGUCUGCCGCAGUAUUAUCAUAUCAUAAAUAUCAUAUUGUAUCAUCAUAUAUCAUGUCAUAUUAAAUCAUAUUAUAUAAUUUUAAAAGUUAUUACAUAAUCAGUGUAUCAUUAGAUCAUUCUUGCUGUAGGCAGUGUCUGCAGAAUUACACCCGUGUUUGUACUGUCUUCAUCGCGUCGCUCCUACCAUGUGCAGAAUCUCUGUCUUAUUUCAUUCUAACUGUUGGAAAUAUAUGCAGCAGACGAUCAUACUGAACCGCAUUAUACCGUGGGUUUCCCUGUGAUUUCCACCACUUGUUAAUAACGUGCGGUCUUGUGGGUCUGCAACUUUUACUAAACUUGCUGUUUCAAAUCUAAGAGGACAAGAUGGCUCCCCAGAGCCAGCAGCACACCAGUUUCAGCAGUCCUCACAUCACUUCAUGACUGUAGCCAAAAUCAAAGCAAACAGGACUGACUCAGAGACUCUCUGCUGACUCAGAGACACUUUAUUUGUUUCCAAUUUACAGAGCCAGAGCUGUGUACAAACAGACUGAGCUGUCAGCAGACUUUGAUACUUGAUGGGGUGAAAAACGUCUCUUGGGUUUGACUCUCACACCCUGUAUCUGAGAGCACAGCGACCAAGCAACAGCAUGAACUUGGACGCCUAAAAAUUCAAGUAGAUUCAAGAUUUUGGAGAUACAGUUACAGAGGAGGAUCUGCUCCAGGAAAAAACACAGCUCUGAACCUUAAACGAUCCAGAUAUGAGGUUAUGAUACCACGGAUCACGUAGUUUCUCAAUACUAACACUGCAGUCCUUUAAAUGAGUUUUCUGAGCUAAGAUGGACAUUUGAAUCAGAGCUUGUUUAGCAGGUGACUCAUGAAACCCUUCUGAAACCAUCAUCCUUGGUUUUAUUUCGGUCGUCUUGAUCUGGAUAUUUAUUUACCGCCUGGCGCUGUUUGUACGUCUCUGCUGUGGAUCUCCAUAUUUGAUUGUUUAACUUGGUUUCGCCUGGUUUGUGUCUUUCUCCUGACAUCAAACUCAUAUGGAAAUAACCUUUCUCACUUCAACAUGUGAUUCUUUGUACUCUGUAUGUUUUGCAGAUCCGUAAAUAAACGAAAGUGAGGUUUGUUUGAUGAAGAAAACAUUCGUGCAUCUGCUGUUGAUUCACAACUCAGAUUUCACCCUACAAAUAUGAUUUUUCGAGUAACUGUGGAGCGAAAACCUCAUCUUAAAUUCCUAAUAUUAGUCAGUCUUGUUUCAGAAUAAAUGACUGGAUGCAGAAAGAUGCUUUUGCUGACAAACUGCAGUGACUUAAUCAAAUCCUAUGGAGCCUCUCAUGGCUUUGAGAAACUUCGAAUCACCAGAUCUCAGAGAGGCAGCCUGUAAUAAGAGUUCUGCUUUGUGCUUCAAAAACUGACAUUAGGGAGGUAAAUGUUUUUGUCAUCAGAGCAAAUGUGUGUUUUUGUAGCUCGCGGCAGUCUCAUGUGAAAAAAAGACGCCUCUGUGUGUGUUUAGACGUGGGUGUGUAAGUGUGUUUGUGUAUUUUCUUUUGUAUUCAAACACAAAAGGCUUUGAUUUUACUGACUGGCAGCACAAAAGCCAAGAUGGCGCCCUCUGAUCGCUGUUUUGACUUCUAUAAUUGAAAUAUCUCUGCUUUCAACGUGUCAUCGGUGCCUCCUCCUAAACCCACUUUCUGUACACUGUUUUUAUUUCUUAAAUAUAUCUAAUUAUAUAUAAUUACGCCAACCUCCUCAGUUUGAUUACAUGUUAGCUUUUUCUGAGAGCCUCCGGCGUUCACACACCUACAACCAGAGAGGAAAAUAAUAAGUCAAGUUAUUGUUGUGCAAAGAUAGAAAACAGCAAAAAGCAUUCAGAUAUAUGGGAGUGGGUCUUCAGGGUUUGUGUGUUUUAGCUGAGUAAAGAAUUAAAUGUUCUUAUCUUUGCAACAAGAUUAACUUCUUGUUUUGAAAAAUUAAAACUUUUUUCAAUCAUAAUUUAGGCUUAACAUGCUGUUCAUACUGUAGCUGAUGCUGUCCUGCUCUACUGUAAACAAGCAUAAAUGAAGGUUUGCAUUUCUUAGUGUGGUGCAAUUUGUCAAAUUAGGGUAACACUUGUUGAAGGUGCUUGUAACAUGCAUUCAGUAAUAGUUUAUUAGCCUUUAAAAGGCCUUCUAAGAUGCUUCUAAACAUUAAAAAGUGUUAAUAAGCAUUAAUUAAGCAUGAUUAAUCCAGUUAUUGUUGCUCAUGAGAUGGUUAUAAGCUCUCACUGACACUUUCGACAGUUUAUUUACCUGUCAUAAUCAUCAAUUAGACUGUGUAAUGGUUAAUUAAGAUAAAUGGACGUAUUAAUUAAUAGCUUGAAACAACCUUUUAUGAACUUAUUACCAGUUACAGCAUAUAAGCAUCUAAAUAUAAACCUUACUAGAGUUAUUAAUUGGUCUUUAAUCGUAAAGAAUAUAGUGAGUGCUUAAAGAGACGCUUUCAAACAAUAAUAAUAAAUAUUUAUUAUGAUUUUAAUUACAGUUAUACGAACCUAUAUAAACAACCUGUUAAAUUUAAAAGGUUUCCUGUAAUUGGUAAUAAGUUCCUUAUGAGUGUGUUGCAAGCUAAUAUAAAUGUUCAUUUAUCUUGAAUUAGCCUUUAUAAAGUCUGAUUUAUGUUAAUUAACAUCCCAUUGAUGUUAAUGACAGGUAUACAAACUGUUGACAAGUGUGUAAUUAAAGCCCAUUAGUUACCUAUAAGAAACAAUAAAUGUUUUUUUAACACGUAUUAGCGUUUGUAAGCGUCUUAUAAGGUCUUGUUAUUGACUAAUUAACAAUCCAUCAAUGCCUACUACAAGGAUCUUUAAUGAAAAGAUCAUGUGUGUAAGCUGUGGAGUGUUAAACCUAAAUUGAACCACACAGCUAGAGCUCCAUGUAACCAGCACAAACAUGAGGACAUCAGCCUGCAAAGAGGACUGAAGGCUGGUGGUGCUAGCUCUGCUAAUGUUAGUGAAUCGAUGUGACAUUGUUUCUCCACAGACUCAUGUUUAUUAAAUCAGUCAGUUUGGAAAACCGAGUUCUCAAAUGUGGGCGAUUAGAAAACACAGAGACAUCUUUGCAUUGAAAGUCUAAAGUUUAAUCAUCUGUUUCUGACACUGGUUCGAACCAUGAGGACUCUCCAUUGAGGAGAAAGUGCCUUCAAAGCAUGAAUGGCAUCUCACACUGAUGCUUUCAAUUGUACGGUUGAGCCCAGCUGUCGUGUUGGCAGCUCACACGCUGUUUGUGACGGGUGGAAAACAUGCAGAGGGGAGGAGUGCUGUUCAGUCCGAGGGAUUUGUGGGAUGAGGAUGAGGUCUUUAACAACAAACUUAAUGAUAAUUAAGAAAGGAAAUCGUUUUAAUUGAUCGAUAUUUGGGUUUGACUCUUCUUCUCAGCCAUUUUGCUGCAUGCAGACUCUCCUAUCUUCUCAAUAAAGAGGCGUAAAAAGCCGGACAAGAUUCAAGUUGACUGAACUAGCUCUCAAGUAUCACCCCAUUUAUGUUUUUCCUUUAUUCAGAACAAGAUUGAUUUGCUUUAGGUCUGCUGCUGUUGUUUUCUGACUGUGGGGAUUAAUGGAGUUUUAUUUUGUCUCUUAUCUGAAAUAGAAAUGAGCUCUCAGCUGUACAGGACACACCUCCUACCAGCUGUGGGCAUUUGUAAUGCAGCUUUCACUGUAACAUAGGAAGACAGUGGACAGCAAACCAGAGAGGAUUUGAGUGUUUUAGAGAGCAGGGCGGCAGAAUUUAGUGAGGCCAACGGAGACUUCUGGCAACCGUAGCAGCAGACGUCACCGUCAAGGUCAAAAUGUUUUCACUUUUUCCCGCUUUUAAUAUGAGAUUUCACAACUAAACUUGCAGCUCAUCCCCCCGGAGCUCAUACGUCUAACUACGCUUUUACGUAAAAACAGUCACCUGAAGAAAAAGACUCCUAUUCUGUAAGAUUAGCCCUAUAUCUAGGUGUUAGAAAUUUAAAUGCAAUCUGGUUCAAUCCACUGAAAAACAAGAGACUUUUGAUGCAAGAUCACAAUCCUGCAAGUUCUCUAAUAUUGCGUAUCGUUUGUGUCCUCUAGCUCAUGUUCUCCAAAGCUAAAAACACGCAGCUCCUCCAGACGCCUGCACAUCCGUCUGCAUGUCAUCCGCUGCAGCCUGACUAUGUGGAGUUGACACAAAGCUGGUCCUGUAAUAAACUCAAGUGUGUUUUCAUCAACAGCCCGCUGCACCAAGGAGUGUGUUCAUGGUCGAUGUGUCGCUCCGGACCGCUGCCAGUGCGAGGGAGGCUGGCGAGGCGACGACUGUUCCAGCGGUAUGAAUCAGUCUUUUCCCCUCACUCAGACGUUUCCUCACUCUCUCCUUCACCCCCUCUCUCGCCGCCGUCGUCUUCUCUCUCUUCUCUCUCUUCAGGUACGAACACAAAUAAAAGUUACCGUGCACAACAGGAAACGAGAGCUGGUUUAGAGUCAAGCGGCUCAUCAUCACACACUGAAGGCCGCUCCAAUAGAAGCAGCAAGGGAGCCUUAAAGCGCGGCUCGCAGUGAGUCAUGGAUGUCAGCGUCAGUCCAGAAACAGUUUACUGGAGCAGAGGGAUGAUGAGAGGAGCUGCACCUCCACCUCUCUCCUUCACUCGCUCGCUGACACUGUUUCUUUUCAAUGUCAAUAAAAAGAGGUUUAAAUUUGGAGCAGCUUUUAUUAACACAGCUGAGAAGUGAUUUUGAGUGAAGCUAUUAAUAAAAGAAACUUCCAGAAAUGUGACCGAAACGGUGCACAAGCUAUAAUUUACUUCACUUUAUUAGAGUUAAAGUAGCAAAAGCCGGUUUAAGAUUGAAGAAACCCGCUCCAUCUGCUCAUUAUGACGUCGUUUACCAAACUGAAGUCAGCAGAAACGGUUAUAUAAUACUUCUUAAAAGGCAUCAUGUCAAACCAGUGAGUCUAACCCUGUUUUUCUUGUCUCAUAUCUCCUAAAUUUUAUCAUCCGAACAAAGCCAAGUGUGAAACCAGAGCUGCGUUUCGUGGCGCUGCUGUUCCCCUCACCGAGACAGAGUUUUUCCACAACCUCCGGCCCGUUUCUCCGCAGUCAGCUGGGUCAAUAGUACACAGCCUUCCUCCAUUUUCUCCCCCAAAUUUCUCUGCAGAGGGAGGGGAAUUAGCUUUCACUGGUAGCGGUUGGUUUUUUGACAGGGGGAUGAUGGGAAGGGGAAAUGGAAAAUGUUACCCCACUCUCUCUUUCUCCCUCUCUUGCAUGGCUCACUUCUCCCCAUCUCUCAUUUCACUCCCUCCUCUAAAGCAGCACUUCAUUUUUUUUCUUUGUUUUCACUCGUUCACUUUCCUCCUCUUCCUCUCGUACUCCUGGCUCCUCCAUUUUGUCCUAUAAUGGAGUCUUUUUUGGCAGAACGAGCCCCGACGCUUCCUGAAUGCCUGUGUGUUGAGUUAUCUAAGGGUGAGAAAUAAGAGAGGGGCCUGAGGUUUUCAUACUGAGCCCUCUUUGGGUAUAAAUAUGGAGAGUUGAAAGAAGUGUAAUCCAUACUCUUUGCUCUAUACAUGAGGUGAGAAUUAAAAAAAAACUGUGGUUAAAAAAAUGAUGAGAGGAAGAGGAAAGCAGCGAAGUGGAAAGAUCAUUCAGGAGUAUUCAUGCUUUAAAGAGCAGAUUUUAAUAGACUGACUCAGUGAGCGGGAAUAACAAAUGAGCAGCGAGGGUCAGUAAGAUGUCCAUGGGAUUAUACCGACUUUGGAAGCGAGCUAAACCCAAACCGCCGCCUUGACGGCUCUCGGGGGAAAAGUAAAAACUUUCCCAGCAUGUCAGCGAGCAGGAGAUGCAAAUGUAGAGCGUGCCGGGUGUCUAUUACUCACAUAUGAAUCAUUAGAGGCUCUGAUAUGUACCAAUGUAGUGUGAACAUGUAUAAACAUAUCUCCAUCAUGUAGAAGGGACUUACUGACAUUAACAUAACAUUAUUUGGUCAGUGUGUUCAAGAACCUGUUGAGUUAGUCUGACUGAAACUGGACCUUCUGUAUCUACUGACACCAACCUGCUAAAGGGACUGGGGAUGGAAAUUAGCAACUUGGCUAUAAUCCCAUGUGAUUACAUGUAAAUGUUCUUUAAAGGUAGGGUAGUCAGGAUCUGAGAAAGUGCCAGUUUUUUGGGGAGAAAUCUUGGAUGUAAACUCUACCCCUUCCAACAGACGCUCCUGCUCGCUCGUAUCGUUUCAAUUAAAUUCAGAUAUAAUGCAGAUAAAUACUUCAGAUCAUUACAAAUGGGGCCCAGUCAACGUGAAAGUAAACAGCAUUGAUGCUACUGUAGAUGCCAACAGACGACCAGCAAACACAAUGUUUGCAGGACUUCUACAACUAGGAUAAAGUGAUAAAGUUUAGCGGCGCUACAACAUGCAGCAGGUCCGUUUGACAAGAAACACUUCUGUUACAGACACUUGUCUUACUUUGUUAAAGCGGUUUACCUGUCCAGCAGAAAGGUUACAGGGUCUGUAAAGCGUCCCCCAUCAUUUAUGUUUUGUUGACCUGACUUUUUAGCUCUUGUCCGGUCUACCUCCGAUUUAAGCGCCCGUUAUCCCGCCAGAGUCUCCGGUAUUUACUUUGUUUUCUUGCUUGUGUUGGCAGUCGUGGCCAAAGGAGGAUUCAGACAAUUAUCAGUACUUUCUGGUUGGUUUCUACUGUCCGAUAUUGUAACACGCUAACUUUGUUUGGGCUCCUGAACGACACGGGGGAGCAGCGUCUGCCUCACAACCAAUCAGGUUGGGGGAGGCGGGGAAUGGAUUUAUUUACAGUCAGAAAGAGCGGGCCGCUCAAAACAUUUUAAAUGUUGACUACACAGACAUAAGAGAACAGAGAUAUUGUUAUAUUACCAAAUGUCAUCAAUAACUAAUAGCUAUUGACUGAUAUUAAAAGCUCUUUUGUAUAAACACCACAAAAAAGAUGCUUCUUUAACAGAUUCCUACCUACCCCACCUUUAAUGCAUAUUGUCCCAUUAAAAAAAAAAAAAAGGAUUCCCAAAAUCCUAAAUCCUAAAUGCACAUAAACACAGGUCUGACUGAAGUUGGCCUAAAUCUAACUUUUUAAUAAUCUAAAAUACCUGGAUAAUACAGUUGGCGUCAGGAUUGUCUUUCCCACGCUUAACCAACCAGGAAAGUUGAAAAGUAGACGUGUUGCUAGGAAACAGGGUAGUCAAUCAAACCCGGACAGAAAGAUAAAAGUUGGAUAAUACGUACAAAAAGUUGUUGGUGUUUCCUAACGUGUUGUAAAAGGUCAUCCUGGAGAAAAGGGGACAUGUCUCUGCCAUAUAAACAGUCAAAACACGGGGGCCCAGUUUAGGUCCUUGUGGGACACCUUUACCUAAAAAGAAAACUCAAAAAUGCGCCCUAACCCAAUUUGUUUUUUUUAAUUCUGUUUGGUUGUAAUGCUGUUUGUUUACAUGCAGCGUUAAGGCGUCAUGUCAUGCACCUCAGAGCUGCUGAGUUUGAUUGUGUCACUGUGAUCAAUAAUCAAACAUGGAAACACUUGAAGCUUUGACUUUUAGAUUUGAUCAAAUUUAAGAUGAAUUUAGCUAAGAUGAGAGUGUUUGGAGAAGGUAAACAUGCUCAGCAGCAGUGGUAAACACUCAGAUAUAACAGAUGAUUUUUUUUUGGCCUGAUUUCUCUUCUCUAACAAAGUCACCUGUUAUGGAUCGAUUUCAAGAUUUUGUUGCCAGAUUUUUCCGGCGUAAAGGACUUUCCCUUUUUUUGUUAUCAUCAGUCAGCUUGUUCCUUCAAAAUCACACCUCUAAUCCUAAAUUUCUCACCCGUUCACUCAUCUCACAUCUGGAGGUAUCAUCCCUCGUCUCCUCAGCCAACCACCUCUCGGACCCUUGAGGAAAACUCCCUCCUGUCUUGGAGAAUGUCUGUGUAAACAAGAAUCUACUCCAGCUGAAUUUCUCAUUAGUUAACCUGACACACUCCAGCAGAGCCCCUCCACCGUGCCCACACAGAGAACAAAUAGAGUUAUGAUUCGGUUAAACAAAGGAGGCGAGGGGUCCUGCUCUGAGUUAGUGCAAUAAACACAACAGAUCCCUCUGCUCCGGGCCAAAUUUGGCUCUACUCUCCCCUCCGUGUAAUUAUUGUCAAAGUAGUUCUUGUGCCUCUCAGAGCUGUGGCAGAGGCACAGGGGGUUCAGGGGUAAACUGGGAGCAUGGACACACAUGAUGUUCAGCUCAGGCCUGGGUGCACUCUCGAUUUCGUGCGUGCAGCUCAUGCAGAGAUUCUCAGAGGUCAGCGUGAAAUCGUUGGACUCGGCUCAGGAGGAGAUAGCUGACGCCUGUCCACGUCUUGCGUCAGCUCAUUCUCUCCAAGAUUUCUAAAGUCUGAGACAAGUUAUUGAUGAGAAAUUUGAAGAAUGCACCCUUGACCAAUCAGGUUUCCCACAGCAUGAUCCUGAGGACUGAGAUCUCUUUAUCGAGAAUUGAAAUCCAAACCGUGUGUGAAUCUUCACCGCAUGUUACACCCCCCGGAGCUGAAACUUAGACUUCUGUAAACUUGACCAUUCAAACCUCUCCGCCCUGUGAUCUCCGUGCUAAUCUCUCUGCCAGUGCUACAUUAUUUGUUGGUAAUUCAACACUGCUGAGCUAAAGGGAGGAUUUAGAUGUUGAAGCAUGGAGGAGAGCCUCGGUAAGAUGUGUUCGAGUCGAGGCUUUAUGUCAUCUCCAAGUACUCUCCUUUUGUUUCCUUUCUGCUGCUCCUCUUUAUCCAGUUAAACUCACGACAUUAAGUCAGAUUUGUUUCUGUUUAUUGUUUUAUCCUGAUAUCAUGUGUUGCUGUAAGUGACACCAUGUUUAAGGAUAGGGAAAAACUGAUGAGGUUGAACAAAACAGACUCAAAAUGGUCAUACAUGCACAGUCUGCAAGUUACAAUAAUCAUCUAUAAUUUUGUUUUUCUGCAGUUUUCCCCAUUUCCAGGAUGGCAGUGUAGGUUUGAGUCAGUGUUUAGAGUAGGAGGCCUGUUACUGGAAGCUGACUGGUUUGAAUCAUUGGAAAAUGUGGGCAAGGAAAGGAGGACUGUGUACUGCUGUUAAACUGAGAGAAAAGAAAGGAACUUUUUCUGAACGGAUGAGUUUAAAAAGUGUGGAGUCAGUAAAUUCAGGUGCUGUUGAUUUAGACAUGAUGUUUGGUGCAGUUAAGAGAAUCCCUCUUCAUCACUUUGCCCUAAUCUAACAUUUUUACUGUCCACAUCUGGGGUUAAGACUGGAGCGUCAGGGCUACAUGGCCCUUCAAAUGGCACAUGUUAUGAGAAAUCUCCCAGAAUGCUUUGCUAAUCAUAAGGAGCAUUAGAAAAAGACUGGUGUUGUGUCGUUCGCGAAUGAUUCGUUCAAAAGAACAAAUCUUCUUAGUGAAUGAACCGAACCAAAUCAAUUCCUCAAGUGAUUUGUUCGUUUCUCAGUUCAGUUGAGCUGUUAGCAGUGCAGCAUCAAUAGCACGCAGCAUUGCCAGGUGGGCGAAUGGUGAGUCGCUGCAGGGAGGGAGGGAAGGACCGUGUCCGCAGCCACGACAUUCAGUACAUUUACAUGACACUCGAGAACACAGAAUUAUUGCCUUACUCCAAUUAAGACCGGACAACUGAAGUGCAUGUAAACACCUUAGUCUGACUAUAAUCAGAGUUUGAGAACUCCAAUUAGUCGGACAAUGCAUGUGCUCCACGCCCACCGCAACCCCGGAACAAAAACACCAGAGAAGUGUGCACCUCAUCUGCAGAAAAGUAGCAUGUACAUCAUAUACGACAAAAACAACGCUGUACGAGGCUCCAUCUUCUUGCUCGGCAGCAGUUGUAGCCACUUCUGACGUCUGGCACGGACCUGCUGUUGUUGUUGACGGCCGCUGAAAAGACCCAUAUAGCCCCCUGGUUUUGGGAUGUAUAUGCGGACAAGGAGGGAAGUCUGAUUCGGCAAAAAAACUGAAUUAUGAUCUUGUUACGAUUAAGCUGUACAUGUAAAUGCACUGACUCUCAUCUCUCAGGCCCAGAAGCCGUGAACUGACCUGAAUCCUGAACCCUUCAGUUGUGAAUCAGUUCAAGAAGUCGGAGUCACAGGCUCCUCCUGCCAAGCGCUGAAUGAGUCGGUGAUUCGGUGAACGAAUCUUUUGAACGAAUCUUUUCAGUGAACUGAUUCCACUGGUUCAGUACAUCUAAAAGAACUGCUGUGCCCAUCACUAAAAUAGACUGAUUCUUUUACAGUGUGCAUUAUCAGCCGUUUUUAUCUUUAUCUUUUUGUUUAUUUGUUAAAAAUCAUCUAAAACUUGUUACUGGCUGAGAAAACCCUGUAUGUUAGAUUUUAGAGUCCUUUAAUAUUGUAGCCUAUAACUGUGUUUCCUGUGACCUUUCAGCCUGCGAUGACAAACACUGGGGACCCACCUGCAGUCAGCAGUGCAAGUGUGAGAACGGGGCGCUCUGCGAUCCUGUAAAGGGGGCGUGCCAGUGUCUCCCAGGGUUCAAUGGACGGCACUGCGAGGACUCGUGUCCGGCGGGGUCCUUCGGGAAAGGCUGUAAGCAGUUGUGCAAGUGUGGGACCGGAGGAUCCUGCGAUAAAGCGACCGGAGAGUGCAUCUGCUGGGACGGAUUCACCGGGACUUUGUGAGUGCGCAAUAACAACAAAUAAAAGGGGAUUUAUUCUGUUGUUUUAGUGUGAAAACACAAGAUCAAAAUCAAGAGUUACCACUGUUUUGUCCACAGAGGGGCGCCAAAAUCAACACACACUGAAAGAUCCUUAUAGGAGCUUUAAUGGCCAACGAAAUAAUGCUAUAUACUGAAUUUAAUAGCUGUCAAAAUGUUUAUAUCCGUACCUAUUUUGUACAUUUUAACAAGACGUACAAAAUAUUAAGUUCAUAUAAAAACAUAGAAAUUCUCCAAGAUUACAACUUAUGGCAUGAAUUAUAUAAGUAUACAGGAGUCACAGGGACUCAGUGGGUCCUGGAUUAACCUCUUAUAUUAAAGUUUCGACCGUUCUCACAAGCAGCAACACAAAGAGACCCAGUUUGUACUAAAACUCUUUAAACUGCUGAGAUGUUUCUCUAUAAAACAAACUUUUCUUACAACAGUCUGUCUGGUACUUGUUAAUUUUUUGGUCCAAACUAAGAUAGUGAGUUUUUUUUUAUUUAACGUGGAGAUGAUAUUUAAAUAAACACUCAGCUGAUUACACACUGACUGCAGGAGACACUUGACUUUAUUACUUUAAUUUUCUCUGCCAGACAGAUCUGUGAAGAUUUAACAAGUUAUUUUUUACACAACUGAACUUUACGUUGGAAAGAAAAAAAGACCCUGCUGUACUACACUUUAAUCCUUGAGUCAUCUGUCACGCCCUGUUUUUCAGAAGCCCCUGAGGAUGAGUAAACUAUAAAAACUCUUCCCAUCAGGAUAUUAAUGGAAACUCUCUCACUGCCAAUGUUAAAACACAACACGCCUCUGAGAGCUAAAUAAAAAGGUAGCUGGGAUGUUCUGAUUAUGGGAUUAAGCUCCUCUAUGAAUGGUUUGUAUUUGAAGUCUAUUCGUGUUAUUUCACCUCAAGGGUGUGAUAGAAAAUAUAAUAUCCAAACAUGGAGCGAUACAACAGGCAGUUUAAGCCAAAUGACCUGAAUGGUUAGAGACACAGUCCAGCUCUGCUCAUCAGUCCCACAAAGCUGCUGUGAAACCAAGUGUCAUGAUAAUAAAGGAGGUGCUUUUACGGUUUCUUCUACUUUUCACAAGUUAUUUAACAGAAUAUUAAAUAUUAAAAGGCAGCGUCUGUAAGAUGAUAAAGUUUGUCUUAAACAGGAAAACUGGUGAAACUGGAAAAAGCUUCUAUGACGAGUUUUAAACUAGUUAUGAAACAGAAUAAAAUCGAUAUGAAUGUCUCUUCAAACCAAACACGACAGCGCCAUAAAGACUCACUAAUUCUGCUGCUGUAAGGAAAGUGUUAGACCAGGUGACAGUUUACUGCCAGAGCUGAUUUUUAGCCUAAUAAUAGUUUUCUUUUUUCCUUUAUCUCACACAUUUAAUCUUUUUCACGUACCUUGACAUGUUUCGGCGAAAACUUCCGCGUCAAAUGACAUCAACAAGUCAUAUCAGCUGAUGUUACGGAGAGGUGAACAGACGGCAGGAGGCGUGACCGUCCUGUCAAAAAAAAAAUUGACAGGAGGGUCGCGCCCCCGUAACACCAGCUGAUAUGAUGUGUCACACCUACCACCAAGUGACACUUCUGAGGAGGGCGUAAGUCUCCACUGAAACAUGUCAGCGUACAGUACGUGAAAAAGAUUACAUGUCUGAGAUAACGGAAAAAAAGGAAACUAUUUCUAAGAAACUGGAGAGAUAAUAAACAUCAUUUGACUGUUUUUUUAGCCUGUUUAUUUCUCACUUUAAGGACAACAAAUGUAAAAAAAAAAGAGGAGAAAACUUUUUGAGGAAAUACGACUUUAAAAGGAUGAGACCAGCAGAGAGGUGCGUCAUCAAAAUCAACACAGAUCCUCACAGGAGCUUUAUAUAAAAGUAGAAAUUUAACAAAGUGGGUUUUAUUCUGUUAAAAUUUUUAAAAGUUAAAGCUCCUGUGAUGCCUCCUCAUGACCCACAAAAUCAAUAGAAAGCUCUGGAUGAGUGGAUUUAUGGAUCAAACAGCCUUUUCCACUUUGUCCACUGCAAAUAAUCACAGGAAUUUCACUGUUAAAAGACAGAACAAUGAGGUUUUUUGUUAUAAACAUGAGACGCAUGUGUAAAAGGAGGGUAGGUGUCAGCCGAGAAGCUAAAAAAAACAGCUUCUCAUAGUUACAGUUUCUUCCUGAAAUAUUUAGACAUGUACGAUCGACAAAGUCAGCAGGAUGUUUUUUUUUUGACAGAUUUGUCCACAGGGGGCGCCAAACUUGACUCAACCUGAAAGUUCCUUAGAGGAGCUUUAAGAUAUGACGUUAAUUUAAGGUUAGGGUUAAAAAAAAAUAAAAGUACUGUACGGCCUAGAGCUGGGACUAUCCUGUCAGCAGUAAUACAACAAAAACAGAUGCCAUCCACCGUAAAACACAACCAAAGGAGAAGAAGAAGAAGAAGUAACAUGAAUCUGAAGGGAAGAACUAAUGUCUCCAUAACAGAGCUUUUGUAUUUGUAUUUAGUUACUGUAGUCUGUGAGCCGACUUUACAAAAAAAAUAUUUUUUUUUCUCUUUUACUGCUGGAUGAAACGUUGACUUCAGUCCUCAGGAAUGUCCCAGGACACUCAGAGUAUUUUUUCCUAAAGUGGUCCAUUAAGCUGUUUAUUAAUCAUCGACUCCAUCCUUUCCUCCAGCUGUGAGAAAGCCUGUCCCAGGAGAUGUCAGGCACGCUGCCCCUGCCAGAACGGGGGUAUCUGUAAGGGCAAAGGAGUCUGCGACUGCCCCCCUGGAUGGACGGUAAGACUUCAGGUCAUGGUUUAACCGACACUAACCUUUACGUAGUCCAGAGAAGCUGCCAGAUUCUGACUUAGGUCAUUUAUAAAACUCCAGCUGGCUCACAACUUUGAACAAACACUGUCUUUUUCUUGGAAUAGGCUGACGUAUCUCUAAAGGGAUUUUGACUGUAAUCUUUGGACCAUUUAAGUUUCUGAGCUUAAUGUGAUAAAUUGAUCUGUAGGUUUCUAAGUUUGGGAAGAUAUGCACACGGGAGGAGACAACAAACAAACUCAGAGUCCGCCUCUGUUUCUCUGCAGGGCGCGGUUUGCACGGAGCGCUGCCCAGAGGGGAGGUUUGGAUCCAACUGUGCAGAGGAGUGUAUCUGCCACAACAGGGGCAAAUGUGACCCUGAAACUGGACAGUGCAAGUGUGCCAAAGGCUUCACUGGAAACAGGUGUGUGUGCGCGAGUGUUUUAUGGGGAAAUACAAGAACCAAAACAAAAAGAAAGUGCUGUCUUUGUCUGUGAUUGGUGCCCAUAUUUCAGAACCAUCGCAGCUUUUUAUGUCAAAUUAAUUGAAGUGUGAAAUGAAGACCGGCUAACCACAGGACAAAAUAUGAGAUUAGAUUUGGUUUGUGGUUGAGGAGAGAAUCCACAACAGACUGCAGACAUCACCCCACAUUUGUCUAUAUGAUCCUCCGCUCGACUCUUUCAGAUGUAAUGAGGAGUGUGCCGCGGGAUCUUACGGUCAGGACUGCAAAGGUGUGUGCGACUGUGCAAACGGCGCUCGCUGCUACAACAUCGACGGGGGCUGCCUGUGCGAACCGGGGUUUCAUGGUCCACACUGCAGGGACAGGAUGUGUGUACCAGGGAAAUACGGCAUGCACUGCGAACGCACGUGUCUCUGCCAGGACAAACACACACUCAGGUGAGAAACGAAGACGGAAUUAUUCAGUUUUCGACCAGAAAAAAAAAGACAGUUUUUGGAUUAUCGAAGAAGUAACGCCGCUCUGUCUGUUUUUAUUCACAGCUGCCACCCAAUGAAAGGAGAGUGCACCUGCCAGCCGGGGUGGGCGGGGCUCUUUUGUAACGAGACCUGCGCCCACGGUUUCUAUGGUCACGGCUGCCUGGAGCCGUGUUUGUGUGUGAACGGAGGGGUGUGUGAUAGUGCAACCGGUCAAUGCAAGUGUGCGGCAGGGUUCACGGUGAGUGGAUGUUUUAAAUGAUUAAUGUAUGAAUCAGUGGAUGAUUAAUGCGUCUCUGAAGUAGCUCUAUUGUAUCAGCCCUGAAGUGUAAUCAUUAUUUUAUUCAUGCAGGGGGUUCACUGUGAGAAUUCAUGUAAAAGUGGCACUUAUGGAAAGAACUGCUCCCUGGAGUGCUCCUGCAAAAACUUUAUCGACUGCUCGCCUGUUGACGGGACUUGCUUCUGCAAAGAGGGUAAAAAAAAUUCAAACACUGCUCUCUACAUCAGAAACACUUGACUGCCUGAUGAGUUCAUAAAAACCUGUCGAGAGUCUGGUGAUUGUUUGAAAAAUGGUGGCGUAACUUUCUUUAUAAUCAAACGUGUCCGACUGUCUUUGCUGGGUCUGCAGGCUGGAGGGGAUCAGAUUGCUCCUUCCGUUGCUCCGAGGGAACCUGGGGUCCAGGAUGCAACGCCACCUGCCAGUGCGCCAACGGGGCGAAGUGUAAUCCUGCAGAUGGAUCCUGCACCUGCAUGGCUGGCUGGCAGGGGGAACGUUGUGACCAACCGUGCCCGGUAAAUGCCCUAAUGUGAAGCAUUUACAGUUACAGACACAUUUUUACAUUUAGUGACAAGUUGCAGUUGGAAGACAGAGAAAGAAAAGCAUUUGCAUUGAUGGUUAAAUGGAGCAUCCUUAAUAUCAUGCAUCGCUGCAGCUUUUUGUCCUUGAGAGCCACCGUCACUCCUCCGACAAAAGGGGAGUGUUUUAAUCUAGAUCGGCGUUAAUGGGUUUAUAAUUCCAUUUAUACUCAUCGUGCCUUUAAAGGUGGUGUAGUCAGGAUCUGAGGAAGUUCCAGUUUUUAGGAGAAAUCUUGAAUGUAAACUCUACCCCUCCCAACCAGUUUUCCCCUCAGCUCCUCCUCUCUGCUCCAUCAAGCCCCGCCCACAAACAGACGCUCCUGCUCGCUCGUAUCGUUCCAAUUAAAUUCAGAUAUAAUGCAGAUAAAUACUUGUGUUUGGGCUCCUGAAAGAUGCGGGGGAGCAGCAUCCGCCUCACAACCAAUCAGGAUGGGGGAGGCAGGGAAUGGCUUUGUUUACAGUCAGAAAGAGCGGAGCGCUCUGAAAAUUUAAAAUGUUGACUACAAAGACAAACAAAAAACAGCGAUAUCGUUAUAUUACCAGACGUUAUCAAUAACUAAUAACUAUUGACUGAUUUUAAAAGCUGUUUUGUAUAAAAACCACAAAGAAAGAUGCUUCUUUAAGGGAUUCCUGUGUACCCCACCUUUAAGGUGUUUAAAGUUUAACCUUUGGUGUUUGCAAAGUACAUUAUUAUCACAUAAUGAUUGAAAUUGAUUGAAGAUUGAGAUUGGAAUUUAUGGUGUUUUCAUGAAAACAGCUUCAUAACAACGUAUAAUAAAGUUAGAAUGACAAAUAUUAGGAUUUUAAAAAGUAGAUUUGCAUUUACCAAUAUCAAUCCUCGAUGAUAAAAUAAGACAUGCUUACUUACGGAUAUAAAGUACAAUUAGAGUAGACUACACAUAAAUGAAUGGUGACAUGAACAGAUCAUACUCUUGUUUCUCCAAUCCUUCUCCAAGAGACUCGACUUGUAGCAUUUAACCAAAACAUAAACCUUUUUUUAAAAUAAAGAUAAACUGUAUAUGAUUUUUUUUCUUUGUCGGCUAAAAUGAUACGACUGAAACAGAAAUCACAGGAGCUCUGAUUCCUCCGAACAUGUCGGCUGUGAUUGGACAGUCUGCAGAAAUGUUGUCCAGCUUUUCAUCCCUUACUUCACCCUCUGUGCUCUUUAAUCUGUGUUUUUGGAUUCACCCUCCUUCUGUUGUUGCCGUGCCAGCCCACCAGGCUGUCCAUACAAACACACAUUGCCAGUGUAGUAUUUUGUCUGACUCUGACUGAUCUGGCCGAGCGCUGAGGAGAUUCCCCUGACGAUUCUGUGCCCGUUGGCGUUUGUUCACAUGUGCAGAUGGGCACGUUUGGGCCAGGCUGCCUGAAGAGGUGUGAUUGUGUUCAUGCUGACGGCUGCCAAGCCACCACGGGGGAGUGCCACUGUCUGCCAGGCUGGACCGGUAAGUGAUGACGUCCUCCGAGUGUCUCUGCCAACUUGGCUUUAGUACCUCAGAUAAGUCCAGUCCAGCAGAACUAAGUGAGCUACAGGUUUUGGCUGCUCUGUCUGUUUUAUUCAGGUUUUACUGCUGUCAGAUGUAGGACACUUUCUUCUCACAGCCCACAGUUUCAAAUCACCGACUAUUUAUUAUCUAAAUGAUUCAGAUUCGACUGGACCUCCUUUUCAUGUCUUCCCUCCAGGUUCUCGCUGUAACCAGCCGUGCUCUGACGGCCUGUGGGGGCGCCAUUGUAACCAGACCUGUUUUAAGCACUGUCCCAACAGUGACACCUGUGUGAGGGAGACUGGAGCGUGUGUGUGCCGCCCGGGCUACUGGGGGGUCACCUGCCAAAACAGUGAGUGUUUUUGUCGCCUGAUUUAGACCAGAUCAGACUUGUCGUGUUUUAGACUUACGGUGUUACAUCCCCACGCCUUUUAUCUGCCUUCUGUUUCCCAGAAUGCAGAGCAGGUAUGUAUGGAGAGCAGUGCAGCAUGUCGUGUCCGUCCUGCGGUCAGUCGUACCGCUGCCACCAUGUGACGGGAGAGUGUGACUGUCUACCUGGACACACAGGAGCCAACUGUGACCAAGGUCUGAAUUAACUUAAUAAUCAAACAUGUCAGUAAAUCUGUUCAAAAGAAAAUUACGGCAGAUUUUACAAAUUAAUAUCAGGAUACCCUUUUCAUUUUUUAUACUAUAUCAUAUUAUUUAUUUUUUACAGUGUGUCCUUCCGGCUACUUUGGCAAACAAUGUUCAGAAGUGUGUGUUAACUGUGCCAACAACUCCACGUGUGAUCAUCGCGACGGUCACUGCGAAUGUUUGCCGGGCUGGACGGCGACCGACUGCUCCAUACGUGAGUUUUAUAGAAACUACAUGAGUGUUUUAACAUGAAGAAGUAUUUGUAAAUUCACAAUAAUGAGCAAUGAGCUGAAAACUACGAGGAAUCAUUUACGUUUUCCAUCUUUACCAAUCAGUCGACUUUAAAGCUCCUGUGAGAAGAUUUUAAACAGUCGAGAAAGAGACUGAAACUGGUUUGUUGUUUUCAUUACGCUGAUUGUUUUUAUUGCUAUUAUUAUUAUGAUGAUGAUCAAUAUUAUUAUCAGUGGUAGCAAUAUUGGGGAAGUAGGAUAGAUAUGAUAUAAAUAUAUAUAAUAAACUAUAAUAUAAUAAACCUCAAUCAAUCAAUCAAUCAAUCAAUCAAUACUGACGCCACUUAAAGGGCUUCAAAACCAAAUGAGACCAUGAGUAAAAACAAUGAAUGGAUCUCUAUUGUAAACCCUGAUGCUUAAAACUGCUGUUAGGUGGUCGGUGUCUUUUUGCGAUGAGGAACACAUUUACUGUUAAAAACUGCAGGAUGAAGAUUUUGUCCAAAAUCAUAACUUUUACAUGUACAGGAUAACGGAUAAGAGCUAUCAUUUAGUCCACAGGGGGCGCCAAAAUCAACGCAAAUAGAAAGUUCCUCACAUGGGCUUUAAUCGCUACUGGUCAGAACUUAAAAGAUGAUUAUUCACGUGUUUAUUCUCUUGAAAGAGCUAAUAGCAUCUGUUGUAACGCAGUCCAAAUAGCUGAUUUUAACACAAACUGCCAAUCGUAGUUGAGAGUUUUAGGAUCUGAGUAAAGAGAGGGUUCAGGCCGCAACUGUGAAUAUGUCCCUCUGUUAAAGCUCCUGUGAGGAACUCCCAGUUUGUGUGAGUUUUGGCGCCCCCUGUGGACAAAGUGGUCUUUGCUUACAUACUCCUCUACACGCUUAAAUAGUGUCUUCUGACAGAGAAAAAAAGUCAUCCUGCUGAUUUUUGACAGUCUUCUCGGAGCUCCACUGACACCUACCCCCUCUCGCUGGUUUCAGGCGUUUAAAAUAACCACAGAAAAAUUGUCCGUUUUGUAUCUUAUGUAUAUCUUAAAAAGGCAUCGAAAUGAAUUUCAGGCUGUUUUAUAAAUGUAAAGAAUAAAAACCUUACAGUUCGUGCGAGGUCAAAUCAAAGUUAAUCUUUACAAAAAAUAGAGGAAAACUUGUCGGAGAAGAAGAAGAAGUUGAAAUCAUAAUCUGUACUCUGUGUUUUCCAGCCUGUAGUCCAGGACGCUUUGGUCCAUUCUGUACUCAGACCUGCUCCUGUCCCCCCAACCUCAUCUGUGACCGAUUCACUGGAGACUGUGUGUGUGAGAGUGGAGAGGACGACUGUAAAGAGGGUACAGAUAAUAAGCUUUUAGGUUCUAAACUUGGUUAUUUUCUUAAGUUGUGCAGGAACUUUAUAAAAUCGAGUUAGUCUGUUAACAAAAUCUGCGUUUUUUAAAGUCGGUGUCCUUUUUGGCACGUUUCUAAAAGCUUGAUUUCAUUUUCCACGUUCUUGUUUUCACAGACUCCUCUCUGCAGUCGGGCAGCGUUAUGGUUCCUCUUCCUCCUGGUGAGAGGGAGUCGUGGGGAGCCAUCGGCGGCAUUGUUGUUCUCGUCAUCCUGGUGGUGUUGCUGCUGGCGCUGCUGCUGCUGUACCGCCGCAGGCAGAAAGACAAACAGAACAACACGCCGACUGUGUCCUUCUCCACCACCCGCACGGUCAACUCUGAAUACGCCGUACCAGGUACAGAGCCGAGGAGAUCUCUGUCAGGGCACGAAGGAGAAGACAGUGAAUAAUAAUCAAAGUACUUUCGUCAAACGUUGGUCACACCACAUCUGAUUUUCACAGCAUUUUCAGAUUGGAUCAUGAUUGAAUCUGAAGUUUUUCGGUGAAACAUGCUCUCGGUUUUACCUCACUCUUGUUUUUUUUUUAUGAGUGUUCCACUGAGAUGCAUUUUAUUGACCUUGAGGUAAUUUUACAGCUGCAGAUGUGAGUCCAUGUGUUUGUUUUGGCCUGCAGAUGUUCCUCACAGUUACCACCACUACUACUCCAACCCCAGCUACCACACGCUGAGCCAGGGCCGACCUCCGCUGCCCCACCUGCCCAACAACCACGACCGGAUCAUCAAGGUGAGCGCACGUCUGCUGCCUCUGUGAUACUUACACCGUUUCUACACCUCAGAGUGAAUCUAGCUGAUAAGUAUGUAAGCGACAGCUGGUCGUGUUUUUGAGGAAAUUAUUAAUGUCGGUCUGAACUCGUUACGGCUCUUUUAUAGCUGCUUUUAAUCACCGUGACUCUAUUUGAGAUUUUAAGGCCCAUGAUGAAUGUUUUUUAAUUUAUAUCGCUCUUUUUUUUUUACGCAGAACACAAACAACCAGCUGUUCUGCAGCGUGAAAAACAUGGAGAGAGAGAGGCGGGGGCUGUUCGGGGUGGAGAGUAACGCCACUUUACCUGCAGACUGGAAACAUCACGAACCCCGCAAAGACUCAGGUGGGUCAGGGUGACUCUCUUCAGUGUUUGAUCAACAUUUAAGAUCUGUUACCUCGGGUUUCAUCUGUUUAUUUGUGAGUCAAAUUAACAUAUACAGACUUCUGUGAAAGUAUCUAUCUUUCGUGAAAGAUGCUUAAAUUUAUUUCUCAUUUCUCAGACCUGUUUGGAUCUGUCACUCAGGGAGAUGUUGCCUUGGGGUGUAGCUAUAAAACAAUCACAUAAAAAUUCUUUGGAAAAAAAUGUAUAAAAGUGUUAAAAACCGCGGCGUGCAGUGGUGUAAAUGAUGAGGAACGUGGAGCAGAAAUGUGGCGUUUCAGCUCAGGAGAAAACUUAAAAACCCUCUUUUACACGGCCUAAACUUUAUCAACCGUCACGUUUCCUUUGGACAGAAGUCAAGCCUUAAAAGUCGACAUCACACUUUUUUGAUAUGAGUCUGUAAAAAUAAUAAGAGGCUCAUAAAAAGGGAUCGAUUCCCUGCCAGCCUGAGCUCACCUGGUUCUGAUUUUACUGCUUUCAGGGCAGCUUUACCUGCUUUUGAUUAUUCAACCAUAAUUUGUCUUUUACUGUUCGCAGGAGCUUUUGGAAUCGACCGCAGCUACAGCUACAGCGCCAGCCUCGGAAAAUAUUACAACAAAGGUAAUUUAUUGUCCUAUUUUCACCUUUUUUUUUUUACCCCCGCCUCUUCAAUGAGCUUCCACAGAGAGGAGUGAGUGAUCUCCUGAAGCUAAAGCUAAAAAAAGUCCAUCUUUACAGCGAAAACAAACAUGUUUACAGUCCAGACUGAAGAGUUAUCUUUGAAGACAUUUAGGUAAAAAUUUUGUGUAAUAAGAGGCAUGACUGACUCGACUGGCAGACGGACACUCUACAGCUGUUAGCGGGGAGGGUGAAGGUCUGCCUCAUCUCUCCCUCUUUACCUCUGGUUGAGUUGAACAAAACCAGGGACCGGAUGGAGUGAUGGAGUCCUACGUUGAAAAUAUUGGAAUUGCUGAUAUUGCAAACAGUUACAAUUGCCCACCUGUCAGUCAAGGUAGCCGUGCCUUUGAUUUGCCGAUCUUGUAAAUUUACGAACUCGGAAACAAAAAUGUUACGUAAAAAAUUCCCUCCCUGUACCAUUGGUGCCUUCGGAGCCCUAAGCCAAUCAGAGCAAACGUACCAGGCUGUAGAAGUUCCUUUUUUUGCUUUUUUUGGCUCAGCCUGUUGGUGGUUUGAGCCCCGAGUGGACACAAAGUGAACUGCAGUUUUCAUCACUUCCACUUAAUUCCUCUGGAGUCUGCUGCUUGAACCAAACUUGAGUUAAAGGGAUAUUCCGGCAUAAAAUUAAUUUAGGGUCAAACACACCGUAACACCGAGUUAGACACCCCCUUAAGAGAUGAAUGUUGCCGACGGCUUGCUUCUUUUUAACUUUGCCUGAUUUCUUUAGCAAAGAGACGAAACACAACUCACCUACUCUCCUCCAGCAGCCGCUUGUUUGUAGCGAGACAAUUAUUCCAUUAUGGACUACAAUAAUAAUAAUAAAUAAUUAUCAUAAAUGUUCUUCCUUGAGCUGCGUCACCCCGCAGCAGUCGAUGGACUCGCCUGAGGUGAGAAGUUAGGUGCUGUUCUGAGCAUUAUUUGUGGCUAUAGAGUGGCGUUUUGGUUGAGGUUUGUGUAUUGCUAUCCUGCUGUCGUUACUUAAGUUGGUAAAACUAGAGAAGUAAGCGGUCGGAAACAUUCAUCUCUCGAGGGGGUGUCUAACUCUGUGUUAAAGUGUGUUUGACGCUAAAUUAAUUUUAUGCCAGAAUAUCCCUUUAAAUCUGCAUUUCUAAUGUUGGGGCUGCCAUUGAUGGACUUCAUAAAUCAUUGAGAUCAUGUCCCUGUCUGAUACGGUCUGUGGGUAUAAAGGAUCUAAUGGCGCCGAUUUAACAGACUCAGUUUUGACAGAUGACGAGUUAUCUCUUUUUAAACUAUAAAGGACCAGUGGAAGUCGACACUUGUCCUUAGAGUGAUGUAAAAAAAACUUUUGGGCGUCAUAAAAAUGAUGUCGAUUUUUCACAUUUCAUGAUAUUUGACCCUCCAUUACUUUUCCUUUCAACCAUCUCAAUCCAUAAAAUGAAACAUCUGAAACGUUUCUCUGUCCGUCCCGGGAAUCAUGACUCAUGAGAAACGUUAAAAAACUUGGAAGAUGUCCAGGAAACUGUUGAGAAGUUGUAACCACAACAAGAUUUACACCUUAACUUCUAAUCCUUCUGUUCUGCUGCGCUGCGUCUCCCAACAUCCACCUUUUUUAACUUCUCUUUCUCCACCCACAGAGCUGAAGGACACGGUGGCGGUGAGCAGCAGCUCUCUGAACAGCGAGAACCCAUACGCCACUAUCAAAGACCUUCCCGGCCUGCCUUUCUGCCCCCCUGAGAGCAGCUACAUGGAGAUGAAGUCAGCCGUGCCCCGAGAGCGAGCGUACACAGAGAUCAGCCCGCCGCCGUUUAACACGGCUACUCUACGCAGAGGUAAGAGAGAGAGAUAUGCGUAGAAAAUGAUGUUAUAAACUGUAACUAAAGUGUUACAGCCUCUGUAAAGGUGCAUUUGAGGUUUCUAACUCCCCUCCACUCAAAAACACGUCAUAGUAUUUUAGUCCAUUAACCCUCUUGGUCAUCUUCCCCCCUCAGAGCGCCAGAGUUCCCUCGGCCAUGCUCCACACGAAGACCCCCAGAGCCACUAUGACCUCCCUGUGAACAGCCACAUCCCGGGACACUACGACCUCCCGCCGCUGCGCAGACCCCCCUCCCCCUCCCUCAGGAGGAGUCCUCAGUGACAGAGUCAGUCUCCAUCCUCCUCUUUCUCCCCCUCCUCCUUAUUUUUGGAGGUGAUUCCAGGUCAGGACUUGCUAAGAGAGAGAGAGAAAACUGUACCCUCUGUCAAUCAGUAAGGAGCUGUUGUUUACUGUGGAGGCCCCCCCCCUCUUUUUUGCUCAACACUGCCCCCCUGUGGGUUGAAGUGGUACUUACUGCACCAGGACAGUCUAGUCAUCCAGAGAGAGGCGCCAGCAGGCUGCAGAAAGGAAGGCUGCGCUGUGGAGAUACUAGUGGGGCUUUAGCCAUGUUCAACUCCCACAGGGAAAACAAGUGAGAGGACUUAGAGGCUGAGAGCAGCAGCGUUUUGAUUUGUAUGGUCGAACUCGUUAAAACAGGCUGAAAAUUACAUUAUUCACACAUUUAGCUUGCAGCUGAUUCGCAUGUCUAAUAGGUCACUUUACAGGAUUCAGUCGUCAGGUGUUUUUUUUUCUUAAAAAUGAUCAUUCUGGACCACUUAGAAGUUUUGAUUCUGCAGCUCCAACAGUCACAUUCGCAGCUAUGUUCAAAGUGAAGUCGUCACACCUCCACUUCUUUCAGAUUCUCUCUUUGGAAACUGAAAAUGAUAAAUCAUGGUAUUUUGAAGUUGUUUGGGUGCAAAGUAAAGUUUUGUUCCCUGCCUGAAGGAAAACGUGAACCGCUUUUGUUUUACCAACUUUCUUCAUUUUUCUUCUCCAUAAGUGAUAAAGAAAUGAGGCUCAUAUGCUGCUGUCUGCUGUUGUAAAUAGUGACAUUAGCUUCACCAUCAUUUAGAAAACCAGAUGAUCAUAUUUUUACAGGGUUAAGGUCGUGGUCGUUGUUUUUUCGCUCGUGUAUAGAUAUUAUAAGCUCAGUUAUCAUGAAAACAAACCGUUAUUAAAGAGGCGUUAAAAGACAAAUCAAAGCAGCGUUAUGAAUGUCAGCACAGAUACUUUUUCUUUUUUGGAGGGUUUUUGAGGCCAGCUCAUCAGAAACAGGAAAUGGUUAUCCAAACUCGACCCAAAAGGGGGUUAGUUCUUCAGCAGUGAAGAAGCACGUCAGAGAAGAGGUCCUCCUCCAAGUCUAGUCCCCUUUUAGAUCAGACUCUGGAUUCUGUACAAGCUCAGUAUUAGAGAUAUUUUUCCAACCCUGGACUCUGAACUCACAAAGUUAUAGACUCUAAAGUGUGCUCUGAUCUCACAAAGUUAUAGACUCUGAAGUCUGUGGGCUUUCUGAUGGAGACUUUAUGAAGCCUUUCCACACAUGAACUGUCUAAACCUGAGGACUUACCCAAUCAAAUCCUCUUGGAGCCACUUCUCACUGUGUAAAAUAUGUGCACUUGCCCUUUAAAUCUUGGUGAUUACUUUAUUAAAUCUAUCUUUAAUUUUUCAGCUGCCAAACCAAAGUCACCAAAAUCAGUUGAUAUCAAAGUUAAAUGUAAUUUCUGCCAAUAAUCCACUUUAACAGGAACACUUCAUCCUUUUAAAGCUCUUGUUUUUUAAAUGGAUGUUCGGCGUUUAAAUUUUUUAUUAACUUGUAAAAGUUUUGUCUUAAUUUUUCCAGCUUGUUGUCAACCAAAGUCAACAGAAAUGUUUUUUUACUUUAUUUUAUAAACUCCAGACCAAAUGAGGUUCAAUCUCCUGUAAAUAGAAACUUUGUGUACCAGAAGAAUGUACAUCAUGUCAGAUAGAGUUUUAGGUUCUCUGUUUUGUUUUUACAUAAGGCCACAUAUUUUUGAAUGUAACCAUGGCAACGUGUGUAUAUAAUGUAAAUAAAAAUGGCUGCACUUUUCAUCAGUGGUCUCUCUUUGUUAGUGAAAUAACUACAGCAGUCAGUUAGUUAGUGGAAAAACAAAGAUUUUUAAUCAAUAGUGAUAUAUAAAAAAAAAUCAAAAUACAUAAAAUUACAAUUUAAGCAUUUCAGGCUUAUAAUAAGAAAUCCCAUAAUUCGUCAUUUUAAAUCCUGAGGUCCUCCAGCCAGCCUGAGUUCUUCAACAGUUUUUUUAAAUCACUGCAUAAAAGCAUCAUUUUAAGGCACAAAAAUCUAACAUGGUUAAAAAAAAAAACAUCACUUAGGUUCAACGAAAAGUAGAAAAACAAUAACAGAUUUAGAUGCUGUGAUUUGUUUUACACUGGAGUAUAAAAAUUCUUAAAGUCCUACACCGAUUGUUUUUUUUUUUUCUGUUUUGUUCUCAGUGUUUUUAAAUAAACUCUUUUUUUCCAACAGCCAUAAACUCUAUUUCAAGACAAGCACCUUAACAUAAAAGUAUUUCUCUGAUUUGUAAACUGCAGAACAAAACCCUCAGACGAUCAUUUUCUCUGCAUGCAAAAUGCAUCCAGAAACUGGACCUGUUGGUCUACCUCCAAGGUUCAAAUCUACCUGCAGACACGCAGACAUCUAAUCUUAUCAAAACGAAACCACAUUUGAUCUGUUUUGCUUUUGUUGCGCUCAAAGAUGACAUGAUAUGCUUUCACUAGCUGUGCAUGCCAAGUGUUAAGAGUCUGGCCAUUAAAUGUGAGCAACCCUUAAAAACCUGUUCUUCUCUGUGGGGGGUACAGGAGCUGGGCUGAUGUCUGGGCCUCAGAGGUUCUUUUAAGGAUAUUCUUACCCUCUGAUCAAACACAGCUGUUUCCCCAGGAAAAUUAUCUGUUUUCAGGAAUAUAAAAAACAAGAUGCUGGCAUAUUUUAAAACAAUAAGCUUAGGUAUUAGACGGCUUCAAAGCAAAUCAGAGCAGACAGAACUUUUUAUUUGUAAUUGAUUACUGAUCCCUCAUGAGAACAUUAAAUUUGAAUGUUUGUUCACUGUGGUCUAAGUCCUCCAAACAUGUAAACUAUAGUGAAAAUCGAGCCAAUACUUUUGACAAAGCAGUUUUUCUGUAGUUUAUACUCUUCCUACUGCUCUGUACCUGUCUGAGCUUUUGGGAUUAAUGUCCAUUGGCAUCAUCAUGUCCACCGCUGCCCCUGCUCCGGAGGUUGUAUUCGUUCUCUGCACCACUGGUGCUGGGGACUUCCUGCAGGGGGCGACAGAUAACAGGAUGAGAUACCUAAAGAGGAGCCCCUCUGAGAGAUGCUGCAGCCACAGCACAGUUUGAUGUUCCUGAAGUGUGAGCUAAAGGUGUGUUUUCAGUUUACCAUACUGUCAUCACCGCUGUUGUCACGGGAAACGGUUCGGCGAGUCACUGACCUCCUGGCCAUUUCCUGGUGGUAAAUAAGAGAAAACAAUUCAGUCAUUGCAUUUAAAAGGAGCAGAAAUACACGACCAGCUCAAACAAACACAGGAGGAGUCACACCUCUCCACUGGCAUUGAUCAGGGUGACCAGCAGGUGAUCCCCGGUGCCCCAAGAGUCCUGGUUCCUCCAAACCAGGUCAGUAGGGGGGUUGUUGGUUCCACCACCAGAGGCGGCCCAGAUCUACCAAAGUCAAAAGUCAACAUUAAAGAGAAAUCAUGAAUUUUCGUAAUAAAUCCUUAUCUCUAGUGAUAAAAAAACAACAGAUUAAAGUUUUAAAAGGUGCCCCAAAGAGUGUCCUUCUAACUUUCUUCCUCAGGUCAGACAUUUAUCUAUAAUGUUAACACGUUUGUGCCAAAGAGCGCUUUUUAUUGCUUAACCACUGGUAAAAAAAAAAAACCUUAACCAUUCCCAUCCCUUCAAAUAACAGUUUGACCGAUAACUGCAGGUCAACCGUCUCUUCUUGAUCUUGGAGAGACUUACCGUCACACUUCCUCCGGCCCUCAGAGAGAACUUUGGGGGAAACUUAUAGACCAUUGGGGUCCUACCUCCUGCUUGUCUCUUCACCUGCCAGUUAUGCAGAGACUGAUCCUGCAGAAGAGAAGAUAGGGUAGUGGUUAAUAAUGAUGUUACAUGUUUAGAUUUGAUAACUCCCUGCCAUCACUCUCUGUCUCUAUUCAGGCCUUAAACAGCAUGAAAGUGCGACAGUCAGACUCUCCUAUGCAGCCAUAAAUAAAGGCAACGUGUCUAAAUGAAAUCAGGUUUCUGUUGAACCUAUAAAAGUCAAGUAAUUCAUUAAAAAAUUACAAAGUCAGCGGUUUUAAUGUUUUUCUGGGAUUAAUAAAGUUAUUCUUAUUCUCAUCUCACCCUCUCAAAACGAUUUACAGUACCAGCUGACAGAGACAGGUCACUCACCUUAUCACCCAUGUUGCUUAGACGGAUGAACUUGCCCAUCAGGUCAACUUCAGCCACAGUGACAAAACGACGGGCUGUGGCCCUGUGAGAUGUGCGAGUGAAGUCCCCAUAGUCCCCUGCCAUGCUGGAGGUCUCACUGAAGGCGUCGCUGAGGCUGCGUUUUAUGGGGCUGCCACAAGACUUGCAGCGGUUGGGAGGGCUGACGCCAGAGGAAAACAGGUGGCGAGUGCAGCCCCGGCCAGAACCUGGGGUCCUCAUCCCCUGGGACCUGCGUUCAGGGCUGGGUGAGAGACUAGAGAGAGAGAGAGAGAUUCAGACAGUUGAAGACAGGCAGAAAAUGAAGGGUUUCAAACCAGCAACUGUUACAGCUUAAACUGUCUGGCUGAUGAAACCUCAGAAGUAAAAAUGUGCCAGAACUGCUCUACGGGAUUUUGGUGCCUUUGCUAUCAGGGUUUCAUCCCGUUCAGCUGUGAAAACUGAUACUCUGUGAUUUAGUCUGGAUCAGAGUCUGUGUCCGCCUCUCUCUCAGAGGCGUUCAGAAGGCUUAAGUUCAGACCUGGAUUCAGAAAAAGUAGCCCUCUUCAUUGGUCACCUUCCACUAUUUUCCAAACGAUCACUGCUUGCUGAGGUUUGAUCUUGUCUCAUCAUCUUAAUAUAAAGCUAAAAGUAGCCUCACUGGAGAUCUGUGUCUGGUUUUGUUUGAAUCUCACCUCUCCUCCCCUUUAUCAAGUAACUUCUUGUAGGUACUGAGCUCAUUAUCCAGGGCCAAUUUGAUGUCCUGCAGACCACGGAACUGCUCCUCCAGCUGCUUCUUCUGAGAUUCCAACUCAUCUAUCUUUCGGUCCUUUUUGUCCAACUGACGCUGCAUCCUCUCCAGUUUAUCCUCCAAGUCCCUCACCUGCACAUAACAGAAAAUAAUAUGUGCAAUUUUCUGGAAACAUGUCUGACUACAUGAACUUUGAAUGUGGAGUCCCACAAGGCUUGGUUUUAGGGCCUAAACUCAGGAGCUACGCCGCCCUGGAGUUGUCUUACUAACUCUGCGACUUCUACCCCAGUGAUUGGACGAUCCACCUCCAGGUCCCCCAACUCUGUUUCCCCUUGGGAAUGCAUGACGGUAGGAUUGAGGAGCUCCUCAAAGUAUUCCAUCUACCACCGGAGAAUUGCCUCAGGUGAUGUCAGCAGCUCCCCGCCCCAAUCUAGAACGGUGUGGGCAAGUUGCCAGCUGCCGCCCCUGAGACGCCGGACAGUUUGCCCGAACCUUUUUGGAGUUGAACAAAAGUCUUCCUCCAUGGCCUCACCAAACUUCUCCCACACCCACGUUUUUGCCUCUGCAACUGCCCCGGCCGCGAACUGCUUAGCCAACUAGUACCGUUCAGAUGUUUCCAGAGACCCAUAGGCUAACCAUGACCUAUGGGUCUCCUUCUUUAGCCUGACGGCUCCCCUCACCUCCGGCGUCCGUCAUCGGGUUCGGGGAUGGCCGCCACGACCAGCACCAGCAACCUUGCAGCCGCAGCUUGCAACAGCCUCUUCGACAAUGGCAGAGCGGAACAAAGCCCAUUUGGACUCAAUGUCCUCCACCGCCCUCGGGACGCAGUUGAAGCUCUGUUGGAGGUGGUAAUUGAAAGCCAGUAGUUGGGAAUGCCUUGUGGGUUCUUCCACAAGGCAUUCCCAACAGACCCUCACUAUACGUUUGGGCCUGCCAGGUCUGCGUGGCGGUUUCCCCCGCCACCUGACCCAACUAGCCACCAGGUAGUGAUCAGUUGACAGCUCUGCACUUCUCUUUACCCGGGUGUCCAAAACAUGGGGCGGCAGAUCAGAUGAUAUGACUAUGAAGUCGAUCAUUGAUCUACAGCCUAGGCCGUCAUGGUGCUAGGAGCACUGAUGAACAACCUUAUGUUCGAACAUGGUGUCAGCUAUGGACAAACUGUGACUUGCAUGGAAGUCAAACAUACCCCACACACUGGGUAAGUUGACCAUAGGAGACCACUUUUUUUCAGCAUGCUAUAUUAUCAAGACAGUUAUGUUUACACUCAUUCUGUUUGUCUGCAGGGAUGCACAACAUCUUGAAAUAUAUGCAGAUACACUAUGAUUGCCUUGAUGUAGUGAUCCAAAAUAGUAAAAAUGGCUCAUCUUACCCCAGUCUUCCCUACAAAUUAUUCAUACUGUAAACUUAAGAGAGCUCACCAGCAGACUGUUUGUCAGAUCAUGGCUAUUAAAAUUUAACGAUCUCAUUAAAUUACAGACACUCAUAAUAAUAUUCAAGAUACAAAAUGUUACCAGAAAACCUGCAAAAGAUUUCUAUUUUCAGUUCAGAGGAUGAAGAGCAGAGACAGGUGAGUUAUUUUCAUGACUUUGUUUCUGGUGAAGUGGUGGGCUGUUUCUCUUGCAGCAUCCACACUCACUUUGGAGUUGAGGGUCUUCUCCUUCUCCUC